AUGGAUUCCCUCUGUGAUGCAAAUGGCUCCUUCGCACUUAAUCUUUUCCGGAGGUUAAGUGAGGACAAUAAGUGUAAUAUGUUUUUCUCUCCCUUGAGCAUCUCUUCUGCACUUGCCAUGGUCUAUCUGGGGACUAAAGGCAACACAGCUGCACAGAUGUCAAAGGUAGGUCUUUGCUUCACAAUAUGUAGAUGGGCAUAAAAUAUGUUGGCCAAUUUUGUUCACAUACCACUGUUAAAGGAACACUUAUAAACAACUUUUAGUAGCCACUUGAUCACAAACACUAGCCAAAGUUAGCGUUAAUAUUUGUGUGUGAAAAAUGCAAAAAAUUAAUUUGAAUGCCAAUUUUGGCCAGGGGCCGUUAUGGGGGUAAUUUUCAUUCCUGGGCUACCAUAUGGUCUCAAAGGUAACGUAACCAAUCUGGCGAAUUUCAAUGUGAAAACUGAAACGCAAGCCUUCUAUUUGACUGUCACUUUUGAAACCACCAUAAAACCUGUACAUGAGGGGUACUGUUAUACUUGGGAGACUUAUUUUAAACACCGUCCUUGAGGGGUUAAAGAGACCUGCAUCACAUGACAAUUCUUUUUUUUUUUUUUUUUUUAACAUUAGGCAAACGCUUUUUACGCAAAUACACAAACCAAAAGAAAGCAGGAAAAAACUUAGAACAUGUAUGUAAAAAAACAUGUAUAAAUUUACUAUAAACUUAAUCAGACUACAUUAUUGGGCACAGCUCUCAUAUAGGGGAGUUUCUUCAGCCUCCUUUUCACCAACCUAUCUCACUUUCAGGUAAAUCCACUGAUGACUGAAACAGGGCAUCAUUGUGCAGCAAUAGGAGAACGUCCCCUGUUCUCCCACUGUCAGAAUGUUGCAAGGUCAAUAGAUCUUCAGCUGCACAUGUUUGAAUGUGGAUAUACAUUUGUGUGAAGUAUUUGUGUUUGAGUGAAGGGGUUUUUCUAUGUAAUAUUUGUGUUAGAUUGCAGGAGUGUGUAAGUAUGUUGUCUUUGGUGUUUGACUGCUUGGAUGUAUGCACAUACAUACUUAUAGAGAUAUACAUGCACUUUGACACACAGAUAUAAAUACACACAAAUUCAUAUAGACAUAUACACACGCACUGUGACACACACAUUGAUACAUGCACACACUGACCUAAAAAUACACACCCUGACACACAGAUGCACACUAUAUAUAGGCUGACACACAUACACUCACACACACAAUAUUGUGGGGGGGGGGGGGGGUCUGGAGGAGCUCCUGAAAUGCCCUCCCGUGCGGUCUACCUGCAUGAGACUGCCAGCAGAAACUACAGUGACCCUAUUCAGCAGUUACUACUACAGAUUAAUGUAGGUGUUCUGGUGUCCAUAGCAUGUCCCUACAGGCUGAACACUGUAAACGCUGCCAUUUCAGAGAAAAUGCAGUGUUUACAUUUGUGCCUUACAUAUAGUUACAUAGUUACAUAGCUGAAAAGUUCAGGCUACCUCACAUUUGUUUUUUGCUGUUGAUCCAAAAGAAGGCAAAAAAAACCCAGUUUGAAGCACAAUUUUGCAACAAGCUAGGAAAAAAAAUUCCUUCUUGACCCCAGAAUGGCAGUCAGAUUUAUCCUUGGAUCAAGCAGUUAUUACCCUACAUUGAAAGAUUAUAUCCUUGAAUAUUCUGUUCUUGCAAGUAUGCAUCUAGUAGCCGUUUGAACAUCUGUAUGGACUCUGAUAAAACCACUUCCUCAGGCAGAGAAUUCCACAUCCUGAUUGUUCUUACAGUAAAAAAGGAAUAGCAGCAAGAUGUCAGGAAUCUAGGAUCACAACAGCCACACUAGACCCCACGGAAAAGAUCCACUCCAGCUCUCCAAAAGGUAGGGAGGAUGGAUGGCUCUCCAAAAAGGUAGGGAGGCCUUGUAACACCUCUAGUGAUUAGUCACUCAGGCAGACACUAGAGGUGCUUCCUAGUCCAGUGUACAGCACCUACGUUCAGCGUCUCCACGAGCUUUAUGAAUGUUCCCUGUAGAUAUGCAUUGAUUAAAUUCAUGAGAAGAUGACUCCCAGUGCUUUCCUAUGUGAAAGCAAUCUAUCAUCAAGAUUGAUUAUCUGAGCCAUGGGGGCAGGGACCUAAACAGACACACUCACUGGUACACACACUCACUGACAGACAGACACAGUCUCUCAAGUUUUUUUUCAAAGUCCAUCCAUCCUCCCUACCUUUUGGAGAGCUGGAGUGGAUCUUUUCCGUGGGGUCUAGUGUGGCUGUUGUGAUCCUAGAUUCCUGAAAUCUUGCUGCUAUUCUUGCUCUGCUCCCUUGCACAGCAUUUAGUGAUACCAGGGCUGUAAUGACCACGUAUCCCAGCAUUACUGCAGGGUGUGCAAGGAAGAGGAGAGGUUACAAGUGAGACAACCUUCAUUUAGAUGAGGAGACAGAGAUAGUGAAACAAGUUGGUCUGUAAAUGAUGAUGCGCUUGCAGGGAUAGGCAACCUUGUAAAGCAUCACGGUAAGUGUAGUCCAAAGCAUCCGGAGUGCCGAAGGUUGGCUAUGCCUGCACUAGAGAGCAGCUCUGUUAGGGAGAAUAUGUUGGCGUUUUAUAUAUGCCAGUAAUAAACAAAUUACUGCUGGGUUUAACAUUAAAACAAAAAAAGUUUAAGACUUAAAAUAAGGAUAAUACCAGAGACCCCAGAAACUCUAUUUAAAUGAGCAGACAUCGUUACAGUUUUCCUAUUUGAGUUGGUAAGCUAAUUUACCAACAAUCCACCAGUCAAACAUAGGCCACAGAAGGCAGACUGCAGACCUCAUGUAUAGAGGUGAACAAAAUGGCAACUCCCAGAUAGUGAGAUCUGGAGCAAGGAAGAAAAGAUAAAUUGAAUAAAAAGACAAAAUAUUGUGCAUCUGUGUGUGCAUAUCUCUGUGUAAAUGUAAUAUUGUAUCUGUGUAUCCAAAUAUGUGUUUUUGUACUUAUAUUGUAUUUAGGAGGUUGGGUCAAAGGGGCAAAGAGAUUCAACCCCAAAGACUCAAGAGUGCAUGUGUUGUACAAGUCAUGUUUCGUUACAGUGGAAUUGAGGGAUUUUGAUAUUUGCACAGUAAUGUAGGCCGAAAAAGACCAUCAUAUUCAACAUUUCACAUAUCUGUAAUAUGGCUGUCUAUCCAAAUUAGGUUAAAACAACCAAUUCAAAGAGAUUUAGAUUUUUGCCACAAAUGGGGAAAAAUCCUUCUUGGAUCAACAAGCUGUUACCCCACAUAUUAACUGUUCUAUCCUUGAAUACUCUUUUUCUAAAACAGUGUCCAGAUGUUCAAAAAUCUUUUGUUUCUAAAGUUCUUAAGUCUUUCUAGUCAUACCUAAAAUCUUGCUCUAACUGUAAAGGCUCUUCAAUAUAACCAGAGUUACGACUGUGGUGUAGUAAAAUACUUUAUUCAGCUUCAUUUAAAAGAACACGCAGGCCGGCAGGUAAGACCUCUUGUUGCGUAUAGCUAAUCCUCGCUGAGCUUGGUCAAGAGAACUGGUCCGUGGCCAACUACUACGGAACUUCGAAAACCGGGUACUGUGUACUCUGCUCUUCUGUGAGGCAGGGCUUCUGACCAGCGUGCUAACAUGGUGAGUAGAGUACACAAUACCCGGUUUUUGGAGUUCCGUAGUAGCCGUAAAGGACUUGUUCUCUCGGCCAAGCUCAGUGAGGAUUAGCUAUACGCAACAAGAGGUCUUACCUGCCAGCCUGCGUGUUCUUUUAAAUGAAGCUGAAUAAAGUAUACCACGGUCGUCACUCUGGUUAUAUUGAAGAGCCUUUACAGUUCGAGCAGGCUUCUCUGCUCUACACUUGUGAGUUGAAUAUUCUCCCCUUCCCUCCUUUUGUAUACUCAUUUGUACUGUAUUGCCCUAUGUUUUUUAUUUUUAUUUUUUUAAUGUGAUAUUCCUGAAGUGAUUACUCCUUGAUGAUUAGAGUAUGUAUAUAGUGUUCUUAUACAGACAUGUAUAACAAAUGGGUGCACAAUGUGGAAAGGAGUGAAUAAGAAGCUCUAAAACACCUAAAAGUGGUACCCUCUACACCACUUUAAAAUGAACAAUAUAUAUACAUACAUACAUAAGAUGGAGCUUCUAAAAUAGCUGUAAAGUAGAUAUUCUGUAAAACAAAAUUCUAAAACAAUAGUGCAAUACAAUAUUGUCAAGUAAAAUGUAAAAGAGUGGUGUCAUUCACAAGCCUAGAGUCAUAGCCUCAUAUGACUCAAUGGUGUACGCCUGUGGACCAUUAAACGAUGUCCAGAUCCUCCUUCUGUGCAGUAUUCUGUCCUUUUCCGCUCUUAUAAAUGCUAAGUCAGGGGAGUUGAUUCCAGAAAAAAGGUGCUUUAUUGGUUGGUUAAAAAAUACACUAAAUAUAAAAUGAAUUAAAAUAGUACCAGAUAGGCUGUAUAGUCCAGACAAAUGUCCAAGAAGUAUGCAAAAGGAGUUUCGCCUGAUAAAACAGGCUUUCUGGGUUUAUCUGGCAAAAUGCGUUUUGGAUACUUCUUGGACAUUUGUCUGGACUAUACAGCCUAUCUGGUACUAUUUUAAUUGAUUCUAUAUUUAGUGUAUUUUUUAACCAACCAAUAAAGCACCUUUUUGCUGGAAUCAACUCCCCUGACUUGGCAUUUAUACAUUCCUGAGCCGGUUAAGAGUGGAAAAGGACAGAAUACUGCACAGAAGGAGGAUCUGGACAUCUUUUAGUGGUCCACAGGCGUACACCAUUGAGUCAUAUGAGGCUAUUACACCACUCUUAUACAUAUUAUACAGUUUACUUGACAAUAUUGUAUUGCACUAUUGUUUUAGAAUUUUGGUUUACAGAAUAUCUACUUUACAGCUAUUUUAGAAGCUCCAUCAUGUGUAUGUGUUCAAGUAGAGAUUCCCUAAAACCUCUAGUCACCAACAGCUUCAUAAGACACAACCGACUUCCUCAACAAACUCAGCCAAGUCACCAAUCUCCCUGCUAACACCAUCCUUGCAACCAUGGAUGUGGAAUCUCUAUACAGCAACAUUCCACGUACAGAUGGCAUCAGUGCUUGCUUCCAUUUUCUCUCUCAUGUCAACAACCAAAAAUACAACCCCCGAAUUAUCACAGAACUGGCACUAUUUAUUCUCACGCAUAACUACUUCAGUUUUAACAAUGAGGUUUACCUACAAACCAUGGGCACUAAGGUGGCACCCCAAUAUGCUAAUCUGUUUAUGGCAGAUCUUGAACAGAGAUUCUUAGAAAUACAACAUACCAAACCAUACAAAUAUCGCUAUAUCGACGAUAUCUUCAUAAUUUGGACUGAAAGCGAAGAAAAACCUGAUACGGUUCCAUGACUCUUUCAACACAUUCCAUCCAUCAAUCAAACUAAAAAUUGAAUAUUCCACUAGAUCUGUGAAUUUUCUGGACACCACUGUGACAUGCAACAAUGGCACAAUCCACACCUCGGUUUACAGAAAACCCACAGACAGGUGCAGUUACCUUCACAGCUCCAGCUUCCACCCCUCCCAUGCUAAACAGGGCAUCAUCUACAGCCAAGCCACUAGGUACCAUCGCAUAUGCUCUGAUCCUAAUAGAAACAUAGAAUGUGACGGCAGGUAAGAACCAUUCGGCCCAUCUAGUCUGCCCAAUUUUCUAAAUACUUUCAUUAGUCCCUAGCCUUAUCUUAUAGUUAGGAUAGCCUUAUGCCUAUCCCAGGCAUGCUUAAACUCCUUUACUGUGUUAACCUCUACCACUUCAGCUGGAGGGCUAUUCCAUGCAUCCACUACCCUCUCAGUAAAGUAAUACUUCCUGAUAUUAUUUUUAAACCUUUGUCCCUCUAAUUUAAGACUAUGUCCUCUUGUUGUGGUAGUUUUCUUCUUUUAAAUAUAGUCUCCUCCUUUACUGUGUUGAUUCCCUUUUAUAUAUUUAAAUGUUUCUAUCAUAUCCCCCCUGUCUCGUCUUUCCUCCAAGCUAUACAUGUUGAGAUCCUUUAACCUUUCCUGGUAAGUUUUAUCCCACAAUCCAUGAACCAGUUUAGUAGCCCUUCUCUGAACCCUCUCUAAGGUAUCAAUAUCCUUCUGAAGAUACGGUCUCCAAUACUGUGUACAAUACUCCAAGUGAGGUCUCACCAGUGUUUUGUAUAAUGGCAUGAGCACUUCCCUCUUUCUACUGCUAAUACCUCUCCCUAUACAACCAAGCAUUCUGCUAGCAUUUCCUGCUGCUCUAUUACAUUGUCUGCCUACCUUUAAGUCAUCAGAAAUAAUCACCCCUAAAUCCCUUUCCUCAUAUGUUGAGGUUAGAACUCAAUCAAAUAUUCUGUACUCUGCCCUUGGGUUUUUACGUCCAAGAUGCAUUAUCUUGCACUUAUCCACAUUAAAUGUCAGUUGCCACAAUUCUGACCAUUUUUCUAGUUUACCUAAUGACCGUAAUUCCCAUCUAAAUGUACUCUCCCAAUCUAUGAGACAGGCUACAAACCAAAGACUAUUACCAAACAAAUCAACUCUGCUGUAAAAACACAACGCAUGCGCCUGCUAUAGUACAAAGAGAAAAAAAAUAUCUACAUGAGUGCCACUUGUGGUCACCUACAACCCAGCUCUUGAGAAAAUACGGAAAAUCAUCAAAGACCUACAACCAAUAUUAACAGAAGAUGACUCUGAAAAACAUUUUCCCUGAAACACCCAUUUUUGCCUUCAGACAACCACCAAACCUCCAACAAAAAUUAAUCAACAGGAAGCUGCCCACUUAUGGUAAGAAUGAAGAAAAUGGGACCAGUCAAUACAAAAAACCUCGCUGCAAACUGUGUCAGCAUAUAUGCACAGACAACACAGCCACACACAACAAUAAAACCUACAGCAUUAAAGGUUCAUACUCCUGCACUUCCAGCAAUGUGGUAUACAUGAUUCAAUGCACCAAAUGCCACCUAGGAUGCUACGUUAGGGAAACCACCCAGCCAUUAAAUGGCAGAAUGAAUAUGCACAGACACCACAAAGAAGAAUCCUACUGCACUCCUGUGGGACACCACUUGACCCAGCCGGCCACUCACUGAAGGACCUAAAAAUCAAAGUACUGAAAGGGGGUUUUAAAAAUACCCAGGAAAGAAAAACUUUUGAAGCCAGAAUGAUUAAAUGGAUUAACAGCAAGAAUAGAGGACUAAAUAUAGAUUUGGGUUUCCUGUCCCACUACCAACACUUUACAUGAACACUCCCCCAGCAAUAUCUUACUGUUCUGUCAUAUGUAUCAACACUUUAAAAUGCAUUCCUAUGUUUAUUUUAUCUAUAUACAAAGUACUAUGUGUAGACCUAUGCUUUCCCAUAUUUGUAUGCAUGUGUAACAGAUCACCUGGCACCCCGACUGGUUACCUCCGUUGAAGGAUGCUCCUAGCGCUUCCUGAGGACUCCAAGCACUGCAGCAGACACCACAACCACCAAACCGGAGAAGCAUAUGAAUGCUCUCAAGCAUAUGAAUGCUGUAAGCAGCUGAACAGGAAAAGCAUACAAUCAGCUUACACUCCUGGCAAUCAGCAUACAAUCCAAUUCCCUCAAUAACGAGACGACACUUCGUUUUGAGGGCAAGCAGAACCGACUGUACUGGCACAUACAGCCUCUUUUAUUCACAAUCCACAAACAUAGUACUGCCCGCAGGGCCGCCAUCCAUUGUUCUCACCAUGUGCUUCAUCCAUUGUUCUCACCAUGUGCCUCUGAUACAUGAAAUGGUGGCCACCCAGUAACUCCAAAGUUUGUCUGGUAGCCUAUCCAGCCGGACCAACAGAUGAAACACAUGGGGAACAGUGCAACAAACAAAGGGAAUCAUAAAAAAUAUGGACAAUAGUCAUAUUUGUGCACAGUCUCCAGUUCUGUCACAGGGCACAAAUGGUGUUUUCAAAUGCCAUAUAUCCCAGGGCCAUAGUCAGAAGGUAGGAGGCCGGCAAGCAGCCCCCUCCAAGAACACAUGGCGAGGUCUGUUGCGCCACAUUUCUCCCCUUUACGCGCCAGACUAACAGGGUAUCUGACCUCCUGCCGGUCAGUCCCCUGGUUAGUCCAGCAACCCACCCACAAAACAGAAUCCGCAGUAUAACCCACCCACGAAAAUUGGUUACUACACCUGGGGUAGUGGGUCGCUUGUCCAUGUCCAGGAGCUCCACCUCGGCUCUGGGGGGUACUAGCACUCUGGAUCGGUGGGUUGCUGAGUGGGCAGAGACCAGCGGUACUCUGCCCUGUUGUCAGCGCUACCACAGGAGUAGCCUGGUUGGAGCCCAGGUGAGGGAACGACGUAGUAGGCUCCUCACUCCAGACCUGGGGCUGCUGCUGGAGGGGAAGCCAGGCUGUCUCCCCUUUGGAUGAACAACCCUGCUGCUGAGGAACAGGACCGACCAUCCCUACCCCCUGUGAUGCAUGUGCAGAGACCACCGUCCCAUCUGUGCCGGUGUGGGGCUUAUCAUCUCCCCUUGGUGGGCUAGACGGCCGCUGGGGAGAGGGGGUAACAAGCUUCUCUCCCAUACAUACUUCCAGCCGCGGGGGAGGGAGACCAACUGUCUCCGCUCCCAACACCGUGUCCUGCUGCUGGGGAAAGGAGACUGGGCUCUCUAUUCCCUGCUGGACACUCUGCCUCUGGGGAGGGAGGACAAGGCUCUCAUUUCCCAGUAAGUCACUCCGCUGCUGGGGGUGGGGACCAGUUGUCUCCUCUUCCUGAAACUCACUCUGCCACUGGGGAUCAGGGCCGACCACCCAGCAUCCCUGUAGGGCUGGUAGAGAGACCGCAGUCUCAUCUCCACCUGCCAUCUGUGGGUCUUCUCAGGACCAGUCUGUGAGGUCCCUCAACAUUUGCGAGUAAAUUUCCGCACCCGGUAACUCUGGCUGCUGCUGGGGAUCUGGGCCGACUGCCCAGCAUCCCGUUGGGCUCGGCGGAGAGACCUCGGUCCCAUCUCCAGCUGCCUGUUGUGGUUCCUCACAGGACCAGUCUAUAAGGACCCCUACUUUGGGUUCCUCUGGCCGCCUCAGGGGGAAACGGUUAACCUCCUCGAAUGCAGCCUCUCUUUUGCUGCUGUAACACUCCUUCUCUUUCGCCAGCCGGAAUUCUCGGUCCAUCCUUGCAUUUCGCCCGGCUGUGACCUGGUUCCAGAUCGCCUGGAAUAUAUCCAUGGGCACAUUAUCACCAUACUGGGCCACUCGUUGCCUCACCUCGGCCAGCCAAUCAUCGCCUGAGCCUUCCAUACUUGUCUGCUCCAAGUCACUGGAUACCUCUGCUCCCGGGGCGCUGCACGUGUGCUAGCGUUGCCCUCAAUUUGUAACUCCACCAACGGUGUCUCCGAGCUGCUUUACCUCGCACUAGGACGCCGUCCCACUGCUUGCCACCAGUGUAUCGGAUCACCUGGCACCCCGACUGGGUACCUCUGUUGAAGGAUGCUCCUAGCACUUCCUGAGGACUCAAAGCACUGCAGCAGACACCACAACCACCGAACCGGAGAAACAUACGAAUGCUCUCAAGCAUAUGAAUGCUGUAAGCAGCUGAACAGGAAAAGCAUACAACAGCUUACACUCCUGGCAAUCCGCAUACAAUCCAAUUCCCUCAAUAACGAGACGACACUUCGUUUUGAGGUCAAGCAGAACUGACUGUACUGGCACAUACAGCCUCUUUUAUUCACAAUCCACAAACAUAGUACUGCCCGCAAGGCCGCCAUCCAUUGUUCUCACCAUGUGCUUCAUCCGUUGUUCUCACCAUGUGCCUCUGAUACAUGAAAUGGUGGCCACCCAGUAACUCCACAGUUUGUCUGGUAGUCUAUCCAGCCGAACCAACAGAUAAAACACACGGGGAACAGUGCAACAAACGAAGGGAAUCAUUAAAAAAUAUGGACAAUAGUCAUAUUUGUGCACAAUCUCCAGUUUUGUCACAGGGCACAAAUAGUGUUUUCAUCUGCCAUAUAUCCCAGGGCCAUAGUCAGAAGGUAGGAGGUGGGCAAGCAGCCCCCUCCAAGAACACGUGGCGAGGUCUGUUCCGCCACAGCAUGUAUGCUUAUAUAUAUUACUGUGCAUUUAUAUUUGUGUAUAUGAGUUCAUGUGCAUGUAUGGAUGUGUUUAUGUAUAUGUACAUGUGUUUAUGCGUUCACAUAUACAUAUUUAUGUGUGUGUGUGCAUGUAUAAAGUGUACCAUCCUCUGCACUGUCUGCUGUUUUUCUUCUCCCUCUCUCCCCCCCCCUCACUCUGCUCUUCAGAAAGAUAUUUAUGACCCUCUGCAAAAAUGGUGUCUAUUUUCUAACAAACCUGUGUCUUAUCUACCCUCAUGUUGCUUUAACCCCUGUAUCACAAUUACAUGAUUUUGCUACUGCAUGACGAAAAGUCAUGAUUUUAAUAAAGACACGGAGGCGAGUAUUUGCAUAUCCCUUUCUUUACUGUCCACAACAGCAGCAAAGAACAUUAACUGAAUGAAAAAGCAAAAGGUAGUGCAUGCCUCAUACAUAGGCCACGCCCACCUAGUGUCCAGUAUAAUAGCCUGGUCCGCCCUCCAAAUUCCCUCUUUCUGAAGACGGAAUUAACAGACUGAGUACAUAAAAUGUAAGAAACUUUCAACACGACAUAUAACUUUUCAGUAACACGCAUAAACUGUGAGUCCCAUGGAAGCUGGUUUAUAACGAGGCUUUGAGCUAUUCCCACUGGAGAAGACUGUUCCAUCAGACGUGGUCGCAUGUCUCCAGUUAGUCGAAUCGUACAGAUCCGGUUCAGGCUGUGAAAACAUAAACGACAGGAACCCAUGGGUUAAAUCUGAUCUAUGUACCGUCAUCAAGGUUGAACAAAGCCGAAUAUAAUUAUCUCGUCCGAAUGUUAGUCUAAUGUUAAUCUAAUGUCCUUAUCUCCGUAGUAAAGCACAACAUACACAACUUUGCCCCAUUUACCACCUCAACGUAUCCGGGCUCGUGCCGAUGAUCUGGGUGGGAAAAAAUUUGCAGAGUAAUAAACAUGACAUACCAGAGCAAAUUGGGUGGGAUAAUACUCGCCUCCGUGUCUUUAUUAAAAUCAUGACUUUUCGUCAUGCAAUAGCAAAAUCAUGUAAUUUUAUUACAAGACACGGAGGCUCGUAUCUGCAAGUUUAAAGCUGUUCCACCACUGCCGUAAACGGGUGUGUAUUCGGGCGAAAGUAAAAUUCUCGGAACGUCGAUUCCCUCUACCAAUCAGCCAUCUUCAUGACGUCCUCCAAACGUGCUCAUGAUGUGAUAAUUGCAGAGGGCGAGGCGCCCCUCACGAAAUGUGCCAAAUAUAGAGGUGUCGAUACCCACUGUGCCAAUUAGCCAUUUCAACCAACGUGAGAGUGUAGUGCUUACCACCGGUUUAAAGGGUGGACGGAGAGAGAGGAAAAGCUGAAAUGUCGUAGGCACCCGGCAAGUACAAGUGCGGUCUUCGUAUGCUUUUAAGCAUGCCACUGGGAAUAGUGCCGGUGUAGACGGGAAAGCCGGGUACGAUACUGAUUUUAAGAGAUGUUUUGGUCAAUCUGUUGAUAGUAAACGUAACCCCGUUGGGAGAGUACGAUCUAGCGUCAAGAUCCAAGGCCCGGACGUCUGAUAAGAUAUUAGGCAAAGGAGACAAACUAGUUUAGCCGAUAAUUGGCGUAAGGAGAGAUCCGGGUUCAAAGGCCAGGAGGUAAGGAGGGACAAAACAGUCUAAACGUCCCAAGUGGAGGAAUAGUGGGGCCUGGGUGGAUGGGAAAGCCUGGAGCCCCUUAGGAGUCUGCACACCAGUGGGUGUUGACCGGCUGGGUGUCCGUCUAUGCCCUGAUAAGUUGAUGGUUCGGAAUGCUUUCCCUUCUUCGAAGAGGGAUGUCAGGAAUUCCAGAAUGCAGGUUACAGGGGUUGAAACGGGAUCCACGUUCCUAACCAUGCACCAGCCAGUGCAAGUUCUCCAGGCUGACCCAUAUGCUCGUCUAGUGCCUGGGGCCCACGCAUCCGCCAAUAGUCGAGUCGAUUCCGAAAUGCCGUGGACCGUCCAGGGUCCCCCGAAAUGCGCCAGGACAGUAGACUGAGUGAGGCAUCUACCAGGAGGGGGUGACAAUCCCCUGACGGGUUCCAAAGAAGUUCCUGGAAGGCUGGCAGCAAUCUCGGAUGAUCCACCGCCAUCUCCAGUAGUUGUGGGAACCAAGACUCUGUCCCCCCAAAAGGGUGUCACAAGGACUAAUUCGGCCCGCUGGUGGCGGGUUUGGAUGAGGGUGCAGGGGAUCAUUGAGAAUGGGGGAAACGCAUACAGGAGGGCUCCUUGCCAGUCCUGCAGGAAGGCAUCCACGGCUUCUGCCAACGGGUCUGGUCUCCAGCUGAAGAAACGCUUGAGUUGGGCGUUGAGUCGGGAUGCGAAGAGGUCUAUGGCAAAAGGACCCCAUAGCGAUAAUAUAGUGGAAAACACUUCCACGUCCAACUUCAUGUCGCUGGAAUCCGAUAGCGUGAACUCCAGUCCGCCUGGACGUUGAGCAGCCCCUGCAAGUAUUCCGCUUGGACCAUCAAAUUCCGCUCCAGACAAAAUUCCCAGAAGUCCUUCGCUAGUCCGGCUAGGAGCGUCGAUUGGGUGCCGCCCAUGUGAUUGAUGUACCGCACCGCUGAAACGUUGUCCAUGCAAAGGCGAAUGCAUCCAUGUGCCUGAUCCUUCGCGAAGCUGUGAAUCGCAAAGGAGCUCUCCAGAAGUUCCAAUGCAUUGAUAUGUAACCGGGCUUCAGUUUCCGACCAGCGGCCUCCCGUAGAGACGCCUGCGCAGUGGGUGCCCCAUCCCUGCAGGCUCGCGUCUGAUUCUGUGGUAAAAUCCAGGAGGUUGCCGAAGAUCGCCUUGCCGUUCCAAGCAGACAGAUUGAGAAUCCACCAGCGUAUUUCGUCUUUCGUUUCUCUGUCCAGAGUUCCAGGUCCGCGUAGGACGCGCCCUCCCGUAGGUGCGCGAUCUUGAGUCGCUGUAGGGCUCUGUAGUGUAGAGGGGCAGGGAACACUGCCUGGAUAGAGGAGGUUAGGAGGCCAAUUAAGCAAGCUAGUUGCCGCAGUGAGAGUUGUGGUCGGAGGAGUGCCCUGCGCAACUCCUUGCGGAUCGCACGAAUCUUGCGUGUGGGCAAGCUCAAAGAUUCUUGUAUCGAGUCCACCAGGAAUCCUAGAAAUUCUGUCUGAGUUGUCGGGGUCAGACGGGAUUUCUCCCAGUUGAUGAUGAACCCCAGACGGGAGAGGAGGUCUACCUCUAGUUCGAUGUGCCGUAUGAGGUUGUGUUUGAGUCAUGAGUAGGAUGUCGUCUAAGUAGAGGAUGAGUCGUAGGCCUCGACUGCGCAGCCAGGCCAUAGCCGGGCGGAGGAGCUUGGUGCAGCACCAAGGAGCCGAUGAGAGGCCAAAGGGAAGGCAAGUAAAACGCCAGGUCCUGUCGCGCCAUUUGAAGUGCAAGAGGUCCCGAGAUACUUCUGCCACCGGGACUGUAAGGUAGGCGUCCUUGAGAUCUAGUUUCGCCAACCAAUCUCCGUGCAUGAGUAGGUCCCUCAGGAGGUGUAUACCCUCCAUCUUGAAAUGACGAUACCUUAUCAAGGUAUUGAGGGGGCGUAGGUUUAUAACUGGGCGCAUAAGGCCGCCUUUCUUUUCUACGAGAAAGACGUUGCUCAGGACCCCAGCGUUGCCCGUGGGUGCCAGUUCUAUCGCCCUCUUGUCUAGGAGGUUGGACAGUUCCUCGUUGAUCAGCACUCGGUCGUGCUGAGAGGCGCUAAACGGUCUGGGGGAGGGGAUACUUACUGGGUCUCCCACAACUUCGAUUUGAAACCCUCGUAUUGUGUUGAGCACCCAAGUGUCGGACGUUAGGUCCGACCAUGCUGGUAAAAAAUGCUGGAGUCUGCCCCCUACACAAACAUGAGAAGAAAAUAGACAUAUGUACAGGUUUUGAUGUUUGUAUAGACUCACCGUAAGGUCGUCUUGAGCCGGUGUAUCCCCGGAAACCUCUUGAGCGCCAUGGCCGGCUGCGGGACGGGAAGAAUUGAGAUCGGCCCCUAGUGUCGUAAUAGCUGGGGCGUUGGUGAAUGGAGCCUCGUACCGUGCCUCGGGACUGGAAAGAACUCCGGCCGGACAGACUGCUCCUAGAUCUGCCGGCCCUGGUAGAGACCCGUCCCUGAAAUACUUUCCUCAUAGAGGUUUAUGCCUUAUCGAGGGCAGUGAACAUGCCCACGUAACGCCCCAAAUCUUUGAUAAAUGAUUCCCCAAACAGAAGGCCCUCGGCAUCUUUACCGGCCUCCGUGGCUAAUUUUGGGUCAAUUUUGAAUAGUAUGGCUUUACGCCGUUCAAUUGAUAGGGAGAUAUUAACGCUUCCGGCAAUGCAGAUUGCUCUUUGUACCCAGCCUCGUAGGUCAUCAGGGUCGACCAUGCGAUGUUCCGCUUUGGCAUCCUCUGCCAGGUCAAACAGUUUGGCCAGGGGGCCAAAAAUGUCCAAAUGUUUAUCCUGGCAGGCCUGUAGAGCUGAGUCCAGACCCUUGCGUGGGUUCCAGCCCAGCUUAGUUAAAUACUGGGUCAUUUUAGGAUCCACCUCUGGGAUGUUGCAUACUUUGUUGGGGACCACAGGUCUGGGGCAUUCUGCCCUUAGUUUAUUUCUUGCAGCCUUACUGAGAGGGCGCGGUACCCAUGCUUCUAGGUAACCGGCAACGUGAUCCGCCGGGAGCCAUUCCGCGGACCUAGGGUGGUGAAGCUCGUCCGGGUCAAAUAAUGGCUCUCCUAGCGGAUCCACUUGGGCGGACCCCGCAGUAGCGGGGUGUGCCGUCCCUAUAUCGCCUCCAUGCGUCUCCGCUUAUGCAGAGGGAAAGAGGUCCGUGCCCAGCUCAGAUCCCUCUGCAUCUGAGUCGGUCUCUGACUCAGUCUUGGCCUCCUCCUGACCCGAUUUCCGAGUCUGAGUUGCUCUCAAUUUGUGCUCUUGCACAUUUCCAAAGUCGCGCUCGUUCUGCCUGGCGCGGAAAGGCUCGUUUGCAUGCUUGUCACGCUUUCAGGGGCGACCAAUGGUGCGCCGGUCCUGGUGUUUCUGGAGGCAGGGGGAGAAAUAUGCUUGGCUUUGUGUGUAGCCUUUUUAGGUGCCUGAUCAGCAGAUUGUCCCAUAGGGCGUGUGAGGGUUACGCCUGAAUCACCGGGGUCUGUAUCCAUAGGCCGUGCCAAAAGGGCAUGGGCAAUGGACUAUGAGAGGGCCGAUGACAUUGACCCCAUAGCCGCCAUAAUGGCGUCGGUCAUAGAGCGCUGAAGAGCGGCAAACUGGGGUCCCUCCGAUAUGUGGGGGAUAUCGCCCUGAGGGGAGUAGUGCCCGAGGACUCCCCUAUUAUGGUGGGGCUAUCCCCAUCCAUAUGGGAGGGGGAGGAAGGCAUAUUGGGCCUAGGCAUCACAAUAAUAAUAAUGCUAGAAAGAAAAGUCAGUGAGAGUAAUUCACCCAAACUGACAGCAAACAGCUUACUAAUGCAAUACUCUAAAAUUAAAUUUGAGGAAAGUAUUUAAAAUGCUGACAGAAAAAAGACAGAGACUCUCACCAGGGCCCAGACCGUUGGAACAAGAAGGCAGGUCCCUCAGGGGCAGAGGAAAACAGAGGAAGUCAGUAUCCUGCCCAAAAACGCGGGAAACGAGAGGUCACACAGAAGUGAGGGAAGGAAAAGGUAACCCCCGAACGGAACGUGCGAAUGUAAUGUGCGGCCGUUCGUAAGAGAUCUAACUAUAUGAAACAGGCGAAUGAUCGCCAGCUCCCGAAGUCCCGUAAUAGAAGAGAGUGGAAGACCCCUGCGUUCUUGCGAACGAGCGUGCGUACACAGGGGUCGCCAAGGGAACAGGGAGGUGGAAAGUGCCUCGGGAAAACAGCGCGAAAGCGCUGUGCCAGGACCGGAGGAAAACUAAACAAAGGAGGGAAGAGAGGAGAGGGAACAGAGGGGGUGACAGGAUCUUCACAUGGAGUGAAGGGGUUGCCCAAAGGUGAUUAAGAGGGCACCCCCAAACGGUCUGGGAAUCUGGGAGUUAAGUAGGGAAACCAAUAAACUAACAAAGUGAAUAAGGAGAAUAAAUUGAAUAGAGGUAAGAGAUUGUAAAACAGUGAAAAUUGCUUCAGAGUGUAAAAAAAAAAGGUACUUAUCUGACGUGGAGCAGCAAAGAAAGAGGGAAUUUGGAGGGCGGACCAGGCUAUUAUACUGGACACUAGGGGCGUGGCCUAUGUAUGAGGCAUGCACUACCUUUUGCUUUUUCAUUCUGUUAAUGCUCUGCUGUUGACAGUAAAGAAAGGGAUAUGCAAAUACGAGCCUCCGUGUCUUGUAAUAAAAUUCAACUUUGAAUUCUAUGUGUCGUCUUGCUCAGAAAUGCUUCAGACUUGAGAAAGGGAGGUUCUCCCGUAAGCUUGUCAUUAAAAAAUUCUGUUAGUCCAAUAAAAAAGGUAUUACAAGAUACAAAUUUUAUCUGUAUUUAUUUAUAUAUAUAUAUAUAUAUAUAUAUAUAUAUAUAUAUAUAUAUAUAUAUAUAUACACAGUUUCUACAGUGCACUUUAUUGUGUUAAAUUGCACAAUGUAGGCACUUUAUUAUAUUAACUUUUAAUAUUAACUUUGCAAUAUUUUUAAAGAUACAGCACAGUUUAUUUUAUUUUUUUUUGUCUAGCUAUGUGUUUCUUUAGCUUUCACAAAUUAUAAGGUGCAACUAUUAUAUUAUUUUCUAAUUUUAUCCAAAUAAAUUUUUAGUGCCAUACUUUUACUUGUUUUUUUUUUUUUCUUUUUCUUUUAUACCAAAAAUCUUGCAUUCCCCAUAUUAAUUUUGUGGCAUGCCUCCACACUAAUUUUAGUUCCAUCACAUAUUACUUUUACAAGUUCUCAACAUUGCACCAUAUAUUUCAGAUCUCAGAGACUUACAGAUGCAAUAUUAUAUUUUUGUGUAUGAAUAAUCCUUUUUAUGCAUGGCUCACAUUUUCUAGUGAUGACUGGUAGUUGCAAUAACAGAAGGACACUUUAACAUUAUAAAUAAAUCAAAGAUUUUAACUUUAGAUAUUUUUGCAUGUACUGUUAUAUAUUGACCUAUAAAUAAUGAUAUGCUUUGGUAUGAAACACACUUCGAUUCAGACAGCAGCUGCAUAGACUUGCAGGAACAAUAUUUGUUUAAGGAUUCACUCCCACAACAAUAAGGCAAGCAGUGCAAAGUCUAUUUAGGCAGAUUUCACCCUUACCAUCCACAUUUUAGGAUGGAGUAAUGCUUGAACAGAACAUGUUAAAUGGAUAUUUUGUAGUGGAGUUUGGCAACAAGUUAUGAGCUUUUGAUGAACUGCUAGUAAAGGAUACAGAAUGGUUUGGAAGUAUUCAGAGGAUCAUGACGUGAAGUUGUCCAGAGUAUUAAAGUAGAGAUAUGCACAUAAGAAUGUCUGUCUGCGCAACGAUAUGCCAGUUCAUGAAGUUUGCACAAGAAUUAGUAUUAAUACACAGAUGAAAUAUAACUGAGUGUUUUUUGUUUACCUUGAGCAAAAAGGUCAAUCUAAGAUGCAGGUAGAAGUACAGCAGAGCCUUGAAUAAUGUUGCAAGGUUUGCUAAGAACAAAGUCCAGAGCCAGUAAGUCCCUCUGAUAAAUAAAGUAAUACAAUUUAAUUCACUUAGUGAGCAAUGUCAUUAUGUCAAAGCCGAGAUCAGGAUCAAGGAGUGGGCUGCAAAGAGGGUCUCCUUGAUGGAACAUGAACUGAAAAGCAACAAGUGUUCUCAAGCACCACAAACCAGGUAGAGACUCCAUAGUCAUGCAGUGGUUAAUAGAAGACCUGUGUUUAAGCAAGUGAUGGAUACUGACAUGAUUAACCCUUACAAUGGAGACAUCCUGCUCAUUUAUAUUUUCCCUUACUCUGCACGAUAUGAACUAUAGGUUGUUUGUGCGUUCCUUAUAACAAAAUUCAUGACUUUGUAUUUAUCUACAUCAGGUGUGCCCAACAGACUGGAAUUUUUUUAUACCAGCCCUAACAUUAAUUGUGCCAACUGUGACAGAUAUACAGGUAGAAAAAGCCAAAAGAUUGCAAAUUAUUUAUCCAACAAGGAGCUCACUUACAGGACUUAAAAAUAGACAAAAAAGCUGUUUAUUCUAAUCAGAUGUGCAACAUCUUACAUCAAUGUUUCAUCCGAAUAAUCUUGAAUAGUCCAAUAACGGGAAUGAAACAUUGACUGAAUGCCAUGUCUGAUUUAAAUAAAUUUUAUUUUGUUCAGUUGUCAAUCCUAUGAGUGCACUGUUCGUUCGUGAAUGAAAAUUUAAAAUUCCAAAAAUUAGGCUACAAUAGUCAAGCUAUCGCUAUAGCCAAGUUGGAUUUUUCCAUAAUGCAUAAUACUCCCACAAAUCACAUAGAUGAAGUAAAAGUAUAUUUAAUUAAUUUGUAUUCAAUUUAUUUAUUUAAAAAGAAAAACCUGAUUUAAACAGGCACAUAUAUUUUUAAAUAAUGGAAACUCACUGGGGCGCACACAUACACACACUGACAUACUCGUUAACAGACACUGGCACACAAACUAAUGCUGUAUCCCAUACAAACACUGGCACACAACCACUAAUGCAUACAUACACACUGUGACCCAUACAAACACACUGGGACACGUUGAUCCAUGCUGACACAAAUACCGUAAUCCAUACUGACACACACACAGUGAUUCAUACUAUCACACCAACACACAGCACCGUGAUCCAUACUGACACAAACACACAUAGUGACCCAUACUGACACGCACUCACACAUACAGUGACCCAUACUGGCACACAGGGAUUCAUACUGACACACACACACAGUGAUCCAUAUUAACACACACAGUGAUCCAUACUAGCAUACACACUUCAAAAAUACACACGAAACACACACAAAAUAAACCCCCAAAUAUAUACACUCACUCUAAGAAUCAGUAAAAUGAACAUGAAAUAGCUGAGCUCCACUGCUCACUGAGCCCACCUUGCUCCUUGAAAUGGUCUGUGCUCAGCUCCUGCCUGAAACUCUGCUUAAACUGUUGAAUUCUGCAGCUUCCUUCCAGCAGAAGGAGGGCAGUGCGGCUUAAUUGUUCUGCUCUGAUAGCAAGCAAUAAAACGCAGAAAAGCUCCUUCCCAAUAGCCUGCCUGUAGCUUUCUGGCAGGCCUCCCUGCCUGACAGCACUUCACACACAGGAAGCAAAACUUCAAAAGAUCCGCGUGGGCUGCCCUGCUCUGCCUGAUUGCCAGGUCACGUGCUUCCUGUGUGUGCAGGCUUUCAGGCAGGGAGCAGGACUGCCACCCACCCUGCACUUUCUCCAGGCUCCUGCCGGCUACUUAUUGUGUUGCACUCGCGAGUGGAUAAAGUAAAAUGCCGACCUAGAGAUGACAGAGGACUUCUACUCCUCCCCAAUUUGAUUGUGUACUGGUGGGGGGAGGAGAGACUGCUGCACUGUGCGGCCUCAAGGGCCCCGGUCCACUGGGAAAUUUCCUGGUAUCCUGGUGGGCCAGUCCGGCCCUGGUGCCCAAAAGAUAGAUCCCCAGAUGUUUUAAAAUGACGGCUUCCAUGAUGCUUUGCCAGUGUAAAGGCAUGUAAAGUAUCACAGGAUUUGUAGUUCUGUAGUUCAUAAUCCCUGUGCAGUAAAGUAAUAUCCUACUAAUUCUUUAUAACCUUACCUAGUUUUGUGUAAUAUGCACUUGACUUUCAGUGCCUUUUACAAUAUAAUUAAUAGAUUGAGAAGAGAAGAGGACCCAGAGACACCUCUAAGGAGAAUCUACUUAACACUUUUGUCCAACUUGAACAUGUGCACACAUAAUUACUCUCUGCAGUGUUUAAGCCAAUGCAAUUUAAGAAUUAGAAUUGUCAUGUACAUAAAUUGUAUAGUAACCUUUUGUGAGGAAUCCUAUCCAAUUCUUUAGCAAUCUUGGCAUCUAUACUAAUAGUGAUGUCUUUUUAUAGAAUUAAUUUAAGUUAGUUUUAUCUUUUAUGUAAGAUACAAGGCUUGUGCGAUACACCAAAAGUUAAAGAAAACCAAUAGGGUAAGGAACACAAGCAUGUAUUCCUGACCCUAUAGUGUUUAAUCUGCCAUUUUAGGUGGCUUAACCCCUUAGAAGGGGUUAAAAUUCACCUUUUUCCAGCGUUGCGUGGUUCUGCGGGGGCUGACCCUGCCUCCUUGGUGACAUCAGAAUUGACGAUUUUUAAGCCAAUCCAAUGUUUUCCCAUAAGGAUUGGAUUGGCUGAAAUCGGCAUGGGGGCGGGGUCAAAUGCCGUUUUGGCCAAACCGCACCACCUCAUAGAGAUGCAUUGAAUUAAUGCAUCUCUCUGAGGAAAUUUUAGCAUCUCCAUACAGAGCGUGGACAUGCUGAACGGCAGUGCUACCUACUGUGCAGCACUGCCCUAGGAAAUACCUCCAGGAGCCAUCUGGCAGUGUUUGCAUGAAAAUGCCUAAAGGGAAUGAUUAUACUCACCAGAACAGCUGCAUUAAGUUGUAGUUGUUCUGGUGACUAAAGUGUCCCUUUAAGACAAAACUGUCAAAAGGUGUGUUUUUUUUUUUUAUUUUUUUUUUUUUAAUUUAUUUAUUUUUUAAUGUAUUUACUUUUUUCUUCCAUUAUUUAAUCUUGUGUAAAGAUAAUUAUAUUAUGUGUAUUUGGCAUUUUAGUAUGUGUUUUAUGUGACAUACUUACACAUAAGGUACAUAUUAGAGACAAUACAAAAUGUGACCAACAAUUGCAGGAGGUGUUUAGGGCCUUAUUACCAUGGGACCUACAAUCUACACUUAUCAGCCACAACACUAAAACCACUUGCCCAAUAUUGUGUAGGUCCCCCUUGUGCUGCCAAAACUGCUCUGAUGCAUCAAGGCAUGAAUUCCACAAGACCUCUGAGCUUGUCCUGUGGUAUCUGGUACCAAGACAUUUGCAGCAAAUCCUUUAAGUCCUGCAAGUCGCAAGGUGGAGACUCCAUGGAUUGGGUUUGUUGUUCCAGCACAUCCCAUCGGAUUGAGAUCUAUGUAAUUUGAAGGCCUUGAGCUCUUUAUCAUGUUCCUCAACCAUUCCUGAACAUUUUAUGCAGUAUGGCAGGGUGCAUUAUCCUGUUGAAUGAGGCCACUGCCAUCAUAGAGCCACAUUGCCAUGAAGGGGUGUACGUUGUCUGUAACAAUCUCUAAGUAGAUGGUACGUGUCAAAGUAACAUCUACACAAAAGUGCCAGAACCUGAGGUUUCCCAACAGAACAUUGCCCAGAGCAUAAUACUACCUCCACCAGACUACAUUCUUCCUAUAGUGAUCACUGCUGCCAUCUCUUCUCCAGGAAAAUGAUGCACAAUCACGUGGCAAUGCACCUGAUCUAAAAGAAGACAUGAUUCAUCAGACCAGGCAACUUUUUUACAUUGCUCCAUGGUGGACAGGGGUCAUCAUGAGCAUUCUGACCAGUCUACAGCUUCACAGAUCUAUAUGCACUAAACUGCGAUGCACUGUGUGUUCUGUCACCUUUCUAUCCUACAUGGUCUUUGUCUAGCUUGACAAAGACCAUGUAGGUCGAAACGUUGUGAUUUGGCUUUGGGUUCAAAUAAAUUGCCUUUUGUUGAUAUAUUGGAGUGCAUGGACCUUUCUUCAUUUUCUACACAAGGUAUUUGAUUUCUUGGUACUGAGACAUGGUUUGGUUGCACCCAGAUUCAUAUGUAUACAAGGAUUGAGUGCAGUUCCACAUUGUUGUUUUUUUACUUUUCUAUCCUAGUCAGCAAUUUGAGCUACAGAAGCCCUUCUGUUGGACUAGACAGGUUAGCUUUCAUUCCCCAUAUGCAUCAAUGAACCUUUGGCGCCCAUGACCCUGACACCAGUUCACCGGUUAUUAUAUUCUACACCACUUUUGGUAGGUACUAAUCACUGCAUACCAGGAACUCGACUAGACUUGACGUUCUGGAGAUGCUCUGACCUAGUCAUAUGGCCAUCACUAUCGAUCUUUUUCGAAGGCAGUGUUUACAUUGCUCCCUAGAAACACCUCUAGUGGCCACUCCUCAGACGGCCACUAGCAUAUCCACGCUCUGUAGAUGAAGACACUGAAGUUUCCCCAUAGAGAUGCAUUGAUUCACUGUAUCUCUAGGAGGAGGAGCUGAUUGGCCAAGUUGGCACUUGGUCCCACCUUGAGAAUUUAAUUUGCAAGCCCUAUAUUUGACUGUGUAACAUACCAAAGAACCAUAAAACUUAUACAUGGAGGUUACUGUUAUACUCAUGAAAUUUUACUAAAUACAAAUAUGAGUGUUUUAGAGCAGUACAACUAAUAAUCAAUAAAAAAAUUAUCUCAUUCAGUGAAUGUAAAGCUUUUGUGUGUUAAAAAAAGCAAAUAAAUAUGAACACUAACUUUGGCCAGAUUUUGUGACUAGGUGGCUACUAACAAUGACUGAUCAUACCUUGUUUUGAAUACUCUGGGUUGUCUACAUUUACAAAUGUUAUGCUAUGAUGGGGGUAAUUUUCAUUUCUGCGCUGCAGUGUGGUCUCAAUGGCAACACCGGCCCAGCAAAGCAAUCUGGCAAAUUUCAAAGUGUGAAAACUGAAAAGGAGAAAGUCCUAGAUUUGACCUUGAACUUGCCAAAACAUCAUAAAACCUAUACAGGGCGGGUUUCGUUGUACUAGUGAGACCUUGUUGAAUACAAAUAUGUGUUUGUUUUAUUGCAAUAAAAGUGAACAGUAUUUUGACAUUCACCGUUAUCAAAAUGCCAUGCAGAACAGAAAAAUAACACAAUUAUUCAUAUUAAUUUGGUUCCUCUAUAAAUGUGAAUUUGAUGUGAAAUGAAAUCCCUAUUUUUCCUGAACAAAAUUAUAUAUAAUAGGUGUGGUUGCACUUAAUAUGAAAGAGGUGGAAAAUGGUUGAACAGACAUUUUGCUUAAAUUCUUGGUUUUGCUUUCAUUUUGAUUUGAUCAGAACGUGUACUAUUGGCUCUGUCCUUAAGGAGUUAAUCAUUCUGAUUUCCUUUGAUCACAUCUCUUGUGGUUUGUUUUCUUAAGGAACAUCAACUGACUUUUUUUUUUUUUUUUUUUCUUCACCCUCAACAGGUGCUUCAGUUUGAAAAAGCAAAAGACCUACACGUGGACUUCCAGUCACUUAUCAAUGACCUCAACAAGCCAGGCACGAAUUACCUGUUGAGAACAGCUAAUCGGCUCUAUGGAGAAAAAUCUUUUACAUUUCUUGAUGUACGUGUAUACGCUUCUGAUCAGUAAAGCUAGUUAUCUACUUAUUUAUUAAUAUAUUUAUGGUUUGUCAUAUUUGUCAAAAAUUAAGUGUAUUUUACAGAAUGCUCAGCAUAAUUUUUAUACAGGGCCCAAAAGGUUCUAUUGACUCACUCACAAUGGACAAGUGAAAACUGAGCCAGGGCAAGCUGUUUUGGGGUUUAAAUAUCUGCUUACCCCUUCAUCCUCUAGGUGUAUUGCAGUUGACAUGGACUCCACAAGCUUGGGAGCCUGCAUACGUUGCCAGGGGCGGACUGACAACUCACAGGGCCCUUGAGCAAUGGGAGAUCAAGGGCCCCCCUUCUGGUGCAAGGUUUUUUGGCUACUUCUACUCUCCUACCCCUCCUUUGUGCAGCUCUCACACAGGUAUUAUGGGCAUGCUGCGCAGCACCCAGAAUAGUUGUGUGAGACGCGCACAGUCUUGACUCCCACACCUGCAGGGCCCCCAAACACGGCAAGAUUUAAGUUUAAGGAGUUAUUCUAACCAAAAAACGUGUUUUAGUAAAGCACUGUUUUUAGAUGGAGUAACCCUUUCUGGAAAGUUUCUCCAUUAAAAUAAAGCAAAUUUAAUUACACGCUCCCAUUGUGGGAGCAGGGAGAGAGAACUGCUCUAGAGGGUUGCCUGUGGACAAAGGCUGUAGUGGGUGUCUGGGGGUAGGGGCUGUAGUUGGGUGCCUGGGGUAGGUGAAGUGAGCAGGAUAAGAUACAUUUUUAAGGGGGAAAGAAUUGUUUAUUCCCCUACCCCUUUGACCAUGGACUGGGUGGGGGGGAAUCUUUGUCCCAGGUGUCCCUCCAAAAAUCCCUUGAGAUGUUGGAUGCUGCCUGUAACACUUAUCAGGCAUCUCUGCAAGCAUGAUGUCACUUCUUGCAGAAAGAGCUGCAUGGAGCUGUCUGAUGAGAUACUGGCAGCAUGCAUACUGUGAUCUCCCGGCAGAGGCUUUGAUCCUGGAGCCUCUGCCGCAUGCUAGAGACAGGCACCCUGAGAGGCAGCCUAGUGGGGUCUUUGGGAAGGCCCCUUAGCUGUGCCUCAUUGUGUCCAGCAAGGGGGGGGGGACUUUUUAGCAGCAGGGACCCCUUACUGUUCAACUACCCAACUCAGCCAUUCCUAUAUGCACCGUGACUGUUUUGCCUGAGAGCUCAGUCUGCCCCUGUACAUUGCAAAGGAGCACAGAGAUGCAAUGAACUAGUUCUAUGGAUUGGGGAGGGUUGACAUGGAUGAAAACUUUGCGUGUGGGGAAAAGACACACUGAAAUACUUAAAGGGACACUGUAGGCACUGUAUCUGCUUCAUCUCAUUAAACUGGUUAUAGUGUCUGGAGUCCCCUGGUACCAUCGUUUCUUUCAGCAUUAAUCAGUUUUUAAUGUUGUAAUAUUUCAAUGCUAAACAAGAGUCCACGGCAGUCUAUCCCCUCUGUGCUGCUUUGGCUAAUAAGGAAGUAUUACCCUGAGAGGCAAUGGGCAGCUAUGAUUGGCUGAGUGUGUCAGCUGACUGCUUUUAACCUGUCAGAGCUCCAACUCACGGUAUGAAUGGGUAUGACCACAAGGAAGUGUGUAAUCUCUGCCUUAGCUACACAUACAGAAGGGGCCGGACUGUGGGUGGCCAGGGACUCUUAUUUUGUGGCAUACUGCACAAACAUGGUGCAACACUGAAUGGAGGGACAGUGCCAGGCCACUCCAGGCACUAUAACCAAUUCAAAGAGACAAAGUGGUUAUAGUGACUACAGUGUCCCUUUAAAGAAUUGAAUGUUAUAACAAACACAGAAGUACACUUAUAGAUCAAACACAUAUGAAACGCCUUGUGAAGAAACCCCCGUGUUCUCUAUGUUAUUUACGGUUGCAUUCCCUUUUUAUCCCAAUUUCUGCCUAUUGCAUUCGGUAGAUGGAACUACCGAACAAGGACCACCCUCAGGCUCACUAAUAAUCAAAGGUCUGGGUGAAAUUGCUACCUCUGUCUGUGCGGCCAGCGUUCGUUAGUCGAACGCCACGUGGCAGAGAAAACCGCGGCAGCGGGACCUGGUCGUCGAGUGCAUGGAACUGUUUUACGGACACUCGACUUCCCGAACACCGGUCCCAAACAGACGAACGCUGGAACUCUAUUUACCAAAUAGCUAGAAGAGCGCUAUUCGGUACUUUGGUGCAUUCGACAGAGGGGCACGAACACUGCUAGGAGCCAGAGGGAUCCAUUCGGUAUCUUUAUUCGUUUUUAUGCUUUUUCGAAAGUGACUGGCAAAACCCACCAAAUUCGUGGAACUGUUUUGGGCAUGCAGCCCAGGGUGAGCCGGUCACACAAGACUUCCAUAAAAUCCACGAACCCCUGAACCGAUCUGGGUGAAAAUCGAAUAUGUUGGUCACCCAGAUCAGGGCUAUCAGGGGACACAUAAUUUAUGGGGAUACCCCCAGUAUAAAGGGGUGUUCUGAAAGUUGGGGGAAAAUUACUUUUCAGCCCGGAGAUAAUUAAGUUACUAGUUUAUCAGACUAAAUUAUCUCCUGGGCUAGGGGAGGGAAUUGUAGGUGUGUGUUAACAUUUUACUGUUUGUGAUUGGUCAUUGUUUGUCACUCCCUGAGCGCUGUCCCCUUGCAUGCGGACUUGCAUAAAAGAUGUGUGCACCCAUUAAAGGACAGUUCAUUUUGUACCCUUCUUCUUGACUUCGGCUGAUGUUUGGGGAUUCGUGUGUUUCACUGAGGGAAUUAUUUGGUGAGACUAUUGGAAUUGCUAUAGGAUUCGUCUACCCUAACUACCGAACGGAGGGCUAUAAUUACUAAGGCUCUGGCAGUUCGGGAGGAAACUACCGAAUGAGGUUUAAAUAUACUUGGUUUCCUUACAACUGGUGGCAGUGGUGUGAUUCGAAUCCCGAAUGGAUGUUUCAAACAAGCAAAGGAAUGAAUGGCUCAGCAGUACCAGCGACUUAAGAGAACCACGCUAAAGGAUUUACUGGAAGCUCGAGGCGUAGUGGCAAGUAACAAAACAAAAGCCACGUUAAUUGCAGAGCUGUUAGAGAGCGACAGAACCAGCAAUACAGAAAUGGAGCAUGAGGAAGAAACUGAGAUACAGAAGUACAUCAGAUGGAUGCUCAGUUUAUUGGGACCUAAUCCAGCAACAGAGGCGGUUCUGCAGGUCAUGGCACAAGCCAGGCAUUCGCAGAAGGAGCGAGAUGACCGAGACAGACCGCUACAGGGGGAUUUGCUACACUCCCCGGGAAGUACAAGUGACAUACCAAGGAAGGUAAAUUAUGCUGCAUUUAAAAUUUUUAAUGAUAAUGAAAUGGAAAUUGAUAGUUAUCUGUAGGAUUUUGAAAGACAAUGUGCACUAGAGGGAUUACUCCAUGAAAUGGGCUGCUGUACUUGGCAGCAAGCUGUCAGGCAGCGCAGCAGAGGCGUUGCGAGCAGUACCUGAUGGGGACAUACAUAACUAUGAGAAAGUAAAAGACAUUUUGUUGGCCAGAUAUGCUGUAACUCCAGAGGCAUACAGAAAGAAAUUCCGAGAGUUGAGGAAAGCAGGAAGGGAUUCCCAUACUGAAUGGGCAUUCCGACUACACAGGGCAGCCCGUAAUUGGAUGCAGGGCUGCCAAGCAACUACCCUUGAGGAUGCCCUGCAGCUCAUACUAUUGGAGCAAUUCUUUAACCACACAGCAGAUGACAUUAAAGACUGGGUAAAAGACAGGAAGCCUAAAACUGUGGAGGAGGCAGCCAGAUUGGCAGAUGAGCACCAAGAGGAGGAGAGAACAAGUGGUAUGUCGACCUGUUUUUAAGCAACCCUAUCCAGCACCAGCAACGUCUGCACCACCUAGAGCUCCCCUGAGUAACCCGCUACACAGCUCAGCAGCAACACCACGACCCCCUGCACUGUGCCAUUAUUGCAAGCAACCGGGACACUAUAAAAACCAGUGCCCUUGUUUUAACCGGGGAAGCUGGGUAAGGCAACAACCCAGGGCCGCUGCUCAUUGUGUACAGCAGGAGAGUGCACCUUUUAUUCCUAAACAGGAAGAACAGUGGAGUGUGUUACGUGAGGUCAACCCCGUGCAAGCUGGGGGAGACAACAAGGACCACCACCGUCAGUGGAUUACAGUAGAUGGUGUGGGGGCCCGAGCUUUGAGAGACUCUGGGGCCACUCUAACCGUGGUACAACCCCACACAAUCAAGGCCCAGACUCGCACCGGUCACACCGUGGCUGUAAGAGUGGCUGGAGGUGCCAUCCACAAAUUGCCUACAGCAAAGGUCCUUGUAGAUUGGGGUGCGGGGUCAAAACAAUUGGAGGUGGACAUUAUGCAGGAGCUGCCAGCCGAAAUAUUGUUGGGGAAUGAUGUGGGCUGUUUAACCUCCCAAUUAGCACGAGACACUUUGUCCGAAGCCUACCCGGUUACCACCCAAGCUCAAGCCAGACUGGAAGCACCGCUGCACUCUGAGGAAACCCAGUUGCCCGACCCCCCUUCCCCGUCCUGGGAUACGCCCCAGGGGUUUGAGCAGGAACAGAGAACAGACCCCACUCUAGACGGGUAUAGGAAGGCAGUAGAUGGUAAUAGGGGAGACAACCCACAUGAAAAGUUUGAGUGGCACAAAGGACUGCUGUAUAGGGUGACAGAAGGGGCGGGACACGGGACCACGCAGGUUACUAAAAGGCAGCUGGUAGUACCCCGCAAGUUUCGAGCCGCGUUAUUAGAGUAUAUAUUCCUCUAGCGGGACAUUUGGGGGUUAAGAAAACCAGAGACCGGUUGACCCAAACAUUCUUCUGGACCAGAGUCACGCAAGACCUUAAAUAUUACUGCAGGACAUGUGACAUUUGCCAAAAAAAUAGGGAAACUGGGUGACCACCAGAAAGCUAAACUCCACCUGUUACCCAUUAUAGAAGAACCUUUUCACCGAGUAGCUGUGGACUUAAUAGGACCCCUCAGCUGGCCCAGUCAGUCCGGCAAAAAGUUCAUCCUUACCGUAGUGGACUAUGCCACUAGGUACCCUGAAGCCGUAGCCCUGCCUAAUAUAGAGGCAGAGACCAUGGCCGAGGCCCUGGUCAAAAUAUUUUCCCGGGUAGGUUUUCCCCAGGAGAUCCUAUCCGACCGGGGGACUCCGUCCACAGCUCUCCUGACACAACAACUGUGGCAGAGCUGUGGAGUGAAAGCCCUAUUUAGCGCUCCCUACCACCCCCAGACCAAUGGACUUUGUGAACGUUUUAAUGGCACGCUCAAACAAAUGCUGAAGACGUUCGCAGAGUCCUGCAGGAAUUGGGAAAGGUAUCUUCCCCAUCUUCUGUUUGCCUACCGUGAAGUGCCCCAGGCAUCCACGGGGUUCUCCCCCUUCGAACUCCUGUUCGGGAGAAAAGUUCGGGGCCCCCUGGAUCUUGUACGGGAACACUGGGAGGGCAACACAGAUGGUGGGUGGAGUCCCUAUCGUUCAGUACGUAAUGGAGUUCCGAGACCGACUGCGGACCCUCACUGAAUCAGUUCUGGAGAAUAUGCAGGCGGCUCAGGACUACCAGAAGAAGUUGUAUGACAGGGGUGCCCGAGAUAGGGUCUUAGACAUAGGCCAGAAAGUGCUAGCCUUGCGGCCCGCAAAGAAAGACAAGCUGCAGGCGGCCUGGCAGGGGCCCUUCAAGGUGGUAGAGCAGAAAAGUGAUACCAUCUACAUUGUGAGUAAGUGUUCAGAUGAAAGGCUGACCAAAGCCUUUCAUGUAAACAUGCUCAAACCGUAUUACGAGAGAACGGAAGAUGUGGGCGCAGUAUGUGCCCCCUCCUCAGAAGAUAGUGAGGGACUUCCCCUCCCUGAUCUGUUAGACCCCUCGCCUUGUAGCAUUGACCAAGUAAGCCUAGGUCAGAACCUUAAACCUCUAGAGCGAGGGGAAGCGUCGCAACUGCUCCAGGAAUACCAGGACAUGUUUUCCGCUAUACCUCCGCUGCAGUACACCGGGUAGAAACCCAGGUAGAAACGCCGCUACGGCAGCAGCCCUAUCGUAUUCCUGAGGCAGUUCGUGAAAGUAUGCUCACAGAAAUCAGAGACAUGCUCAAGUUAGGGGUAAGAGAACCCUCUCAAAGUCCUUGGGCAUCUCCGGUAGCACCACGCGCUUCUGUGUAGACUAUCGGAGGCUCAACGAUCGCACCAUAACUGAUGCCUACCCAAUGCCCAGAAUAGAUGAGUUACUAGACCGUAUGGCUGGGGGGAAUUACUUAACCACCCUGGACUUGUGCAAGGGGUACUGGCAGAUCCCCCUGGAGACUGCAGCCAUAGACGAUAUUGCUGUCUACAGCCGCACAUGGGGAGAUCACCUGGGACACAUAUCCAGGGUGCUCGAGCGAAUUCACCAGGCAGGGCUCACAUUAAAGCCUGACAAAUGUCAUGUCGGCAUGGCUGAGGUACAGUACCUUGGCCACAGGGUAGCUUCCGGUAAACAGCGGCCCUUUCCAAAGUAAAGGCCAUAGCGAAUUGGCCCCAACCCCGGACCAAAACCCAGGUCUUAGCCUUUUUAGGAACCGCCGGCUAUUGCCGGAAAUUUGUCCCCGAGUAUAGCGCCCUGGCCAAACCCCUCACUGACCUCACCAAAAAGGCCCUCUCAAAACAGGUAACCUGGACCCCAGAGUGCGCGGAAGCGUUCCAGAAACUAAAAGCGGCUCCUGUGUUGACAGCACCCGACCACUCUAAAAAUUUCUUGUCCACACAGAUGCCUCCAUGUUUGGGCUGGGAGCCGUGUUAAGCCAGGUGGGAGACAACGGCAUGGAACACCCAGUGGCCUACCUCAGCCGUAAACUUUUGCCCAGAGAGGUCAGCUAUGCCACUGUGGAGAAAGAGUGCUUAGCCCUAGUGUGGGCGCUUAAGAAACUUCAACCUUAUCUGUACGGCCGGCCAUUUACUCUUAUGACAGAUCAUAACCCGCUGGUGUGGUUAAAUCGGGUGGCUGGUGACAAUCCCAGGCUAUUGCGGUGGAGCCUAGCACUUCAGCCAUACAAUUUCACCAUGCAGUACCGUCCGGGCAAACAAAAUGGUAAUGCAGACGGUCUGUCCUGCCAGACCGACCUGGAUGCUCAAAAGACUCUUUCUCGGACAUCCCCAAGCCAACCUGACAGGGUCUAGGCGGGUAUGCCGACCUAUGGACUUAUAGGGGAGCAGUGUGAUGUUAUUUACUGUUGCAUUCCCUUUUUAUCCAAAUUUCUGCCUAUUGCAUUCGGUAGAUGGAACUACCGAACAAGGACCACCCUCUGGCUCACUAAUAAUCAAAGGUCUGGGUGAAAUUGCUACCACUGUCUGUGCGGCCAGCGUUCGUUAGUCGAACGCCACGUGGCAGAGAAAACCCUGGCCAUCUUUGUUCAUGUGAACAAAGGCAGCAGAGCCUGGUCGUCGAGUGCAUGGAACUGUUUUACGGACACUCGACUUCCCGAGCACCGGUCCCAAACAGACGAACGCUGGAACUCUAUUUACCGAAUAGCUAGAAGAGCGCUAUUCCGUACUUUGGUGCAUUUGACAGAGGGGCACGAACGCUGCUAGGAGCCAGAGGGAUCCAUUCGGUAUCUUUAUUCGUUUUUAUGCUUUUUCGAAAGUGACUGGCAAAACCCACCAAAUUCGUGGAACUGUUUUGGGCAUGCAGCCCAGGGUGAGCCGGUCACACAAGACUUCCAUAAAAUCCACGAACCCCUGAACCGAUCUGGGUGAAAAUCGAAUAUGUUGGUCACCCAGAUCAGGGCUAUCAGGGGACACAUAAUUUAUGGGGAUACCCCCAGUAUAAAGGGGUGUUCUGAAAGUUGGGGGAAAAGUGAUUUUUUUUUUUUCAGCCCGGAAAUAAUUAAGUUACUAGUUUAUCAGACUAAAUUAUCUCCUGGGCUAGGGGAGGGAAUUGUAGGUGUGUGUUAACAUUUUACUGUUUGUGAUUGGUCAUUGUUUGUCCCUCCCUGAGGGCUGUCCCCUUGCAUGGGGACUUGCAUAAAAGCUGUGUGUACCCAUUAAAGGACCGUUCAUUUUGUACCCUUCUUCUUGACUUCGGCUGAUGUUUGGGGAUUUGUGUGUUUCACUGAGGGAAUUAUCUGGUGAGAUUAUUGGAAUUGCUGUUGAAUUCGUCUACCCUAACUACCGAACGGAGGGCUAUAAUUACUAAGGCUCUGGCGGUUCGGGAGGAAACUACCGAAUGAGGUUUAAAUAUACUUGGUUUCCUUACACGCCUAAUUAUUUAUAGUGAUUUGCAGUAAACCUCAUCCAUUGACUUCACAGAAAUGAUAAAUGUGAAACACAAAUGCAUACAAAAUACCACAAUGUUUGCUGAAUACAUACUGUGAAAUACUUAACUUCUCAGAUGAUGUGAUCUAUCUCUUUAAAACCUUUAUUGCAUAUAAAACACUAAAAAAGUGCUGAGUGCCAGCUCAUAGUAUUGAGAGUACUAGAAUCUGAGCCAAAUAGACCCAGCUCUAGUAGGAACACUUGGUUAGCAUGUCUAUUUCCUCAAGUAUAUAUUUCUUAGUCAUCAAUAGUAAAGCAAAAGAAAAAAGAUGGACAGUGUGACUACAAAUAAUAUUUAUGAGCAAAAUGGCACAUUAAAAUAACGAAAAAACUAUACCAUGGGGUAUGGGAUUGUACGGUCAAAGCACAAAUAUCUGGAGCUGAUUUCAAGCUCUAGAAGAUUUACUUUUUUUUUUUUUUUUACUCACCUGUAUCAAAAAUACUCCUCCAUAUUCCGUUUUAUUUGUCCUCUUGUUUUGCAUAUCGCUCCAUCUUUAUUUGAGUUGAGAGGACAGUUGUAAAGGUGCUGGUUUCCUGCAUUUCCUUUCUAUAUCACAUGAGUUAGUUUAUAGAAUAUAUGAGAAACUAAGGGUUUGGCUGCACUCACCUACACAUGCUAAAUUAGGGUGCUGCUGGGGGCCAAUAAAUACAGUAAAAAUGAAAAUCCAGCGCACUCGCUUAUCUAAUAGACAGUCAUUUUAAUGCUGAACAAUUCAGCAUUCAAAAAGAUCCUGUUUAAGCAUUGUACUGCAGGGACCUCGAGAUGGAAGGAUUUCCCCAAGUGAGAAGCUCAUUUAGCAGACAGAGUAGGACCUGCCAAAGAUGGGGUACAUUGGCGUUGUGGCAGGCUUAUGCAAUGGUUUAUCAUAUACUGUAACUAAACCCCCAUUAUAUAUUUUUUGCCUAGAUUAGGUGUUUUUAAUAAAACUGAAAAUUGUUCAGCAUUUAAAUGACUGUUUAGUAGAUAAGCAAGUGCGCUGGAUUUUCAUUUUUAGCUUAUAGAAUAAGCAUGUGCAGUUUCUAAUCUGGCAAAGAAGUGUGAGCAGACACAGCGAAGGAGAGGAUGGGGAAAAAAACCCCUUUCAUUUAUUUAAUAGUAUAGGGAGAUGGGGACAGCGGUAGGUCUAAAACAAGGUGUUAGGUGGGGAGGGAGGGGAUAUAGUUGCUUUUCCUUGCAGGCAUGCUCCCAGCCCUGCUUGAAGGGAGGAAGCUGACUAUGUUUGUAGCAAGUGCUUAGUACAUGCCUGCAACAUACUUAUUUUAUGCACAGAACUGACACUAAGCAGUCCGAAACAAAGAGGGGUAUAACUAGCUCCCGGCACAAAUGUUCAAAUAUGUCUGGAUAUGGAGUGUUUCAAGCUGAAACGUUGCACAUACAGAUUCAUGAUGCAUUUUGAGGUGGCAAGUAAAUUCGUAGCAGAUACAGGGUGGGGGUUAAAUAUUUGCAGAUUGUUCUACCAGUGUAAAUUAAAUGUAACUCAUUCUAUACCUUGCAUGUUAUUAGGAAUUUCUUGGAUCGACUAUGAAAUACUACCUUGCAGAUUUAAAGUCUGUAGAUUUUUGUGGAAAGUCUGAAGACUCCAGGAAGGAAAUAAAUGACUGGGUGGCACAAAAAACCGAAGGUAAAAAUAAUAAAAAAAAAUACAACUUUCAGAAAGCCGUAGAAGGUGGGGUUUAUGUUUUAUAUAAAAUAAAAUACAUGCUCCAGUAGUGAUAUUCUAUUUAAAUCAGUGAUUCAGACAUUAAUCAUUAACUUGCAUCUAAUUGUCAGAAUUAUUUAUUCCCCUUGCGUUUUAUCUUUGACUUACUUGCCUUUCGUCUACGUAAACAAUACACAUACUGGUUAGCCGUGUGUGGAAGACAAUAGAGCUUGCAUGCACCAAAUGUCUUGGAAUGGAGCCAAACCUCAUUUUUUGCCACUUUGUUUUGCCUGUGGCUAUUUGUUUUAAAUAUUUGCCCUGCCAUGAUCUAUAUUACUGCAUUAAAUCAAAACUGUCACUUAUAUCACACAAUAAAAAUGAAAAUCCAGUUCAGUCAAGCAAAGCCAUGGAAAACAUUGUAAAUAAGAAGUAGAAAUAGAAACAGUGUUUAAUUCUCCUCCUCUGUGUAUGCUUUCUCUGUGUGGCCUGCCAUGCGCAAGGGACAGAGCUUAUAACCGUAAUUGACUUGGUUCUAAGACGAGUCAGUCCAUAGGAAAGCAUUUCUCAAUUCUUUCCUAUGGACGACAGCGUCUUCUCACGGUAAAAAUCACAGCCACUAUAUCAAUGAGACAGCCACUAGAGGCUGUAUUAACCCUAAUGUAAACAAAGCAGUUUAUCUGAAACUGCUAUGUUUACAGCUGCAUAGUUAACCCUAGAUGGACCUGGCACCCAGACCACUUAAUUGAGCUGAAGUGGUCUGGGUGCCUAUAGUGGUCCUUUAAGUUCUGCCUGUCUUUAUCAAAUGUAACUUUGCAUUAACACUGCUAUUUAAUAGCAACUUUAUCAUUGGAUGGUUUUAGGUUCCAGUGUAUAAGGAUUAUGCAUAUUCACUAAAUUGUGUAUUUGCUAAACAUAAUUAGAAAACAAAACAGCAGAAGUAAGUGUAGACCUGUGCUGUCUUCACUAUUGUGGGGUUAAACCAUUUGUAAAAUGUAAUACAGUGCCCAGAGUGCUAAUUUAAAGUAAGCACUUUAAAUUUGCAACAACAGAAUCUUAUUAAAUAUGGCACAAAAAUAUUCUGUCUAAAGUCCAUCCUUUGGAAAAGGAGAGAGUUGGAUUUGCACACUGUAGUGCAUAUGUUGCCUAUAGUACCAUCACAGCCCUCAGUGUGCGUAGUCAAACCAUUCAGUAAUGGUUUGACGUCUUAACUGGGGUCUACCUAGCGUAACUCCCUACCUCCACUGCAUCCUCCUCUCAGCUAUAAGAUCUGAGCUAAGCCUGGUAGAGCAGUAGUGGGUAUGGUGCUUUAACCCCUUAAGGACCAAACUUCUGGAAUAAAAGGGAAUCAUGACAUGUUACACAUGUCAUGUGUCCUUAAGGGGUUAAGUGUUCCUUUAUAUGUGAAGUACUGAUAAGUAGUGUGUAUAUGUAACUUGGAACCUAGAAAUUUGCGCAUCUGUGCAGAUAUGUCUUAAAUGUUCUAAAAGGUAGACAUUUUAUAGGAGCCAUAACUUGGUCUUUUGUCCAUACUUUAGUAAAACUAUUCAAUGAGACUAUUCUGUUUAAUUUAUAACUUUUAAAUUUUGUGUUAUUUCAGGUAAAAUCCAGGACCUAUUACCAAGUGGUAGUGUGGAUUCUCUGACCAGACUAGUACUUGUGAAUGCAAUUUACUUUAAAGGAAACUGGGCAAACCAAUUUGAAAAGCAGCGCACAAGCGAAAUGCCGUUUCGACUCAGCAAGGUACAUGUUUAGCAUUUUAUAAACUGGUUUGCAUGGUUCAUUAAUUAUAGAAAUGGAAACAUGUUGCUUUACUUUAAAAAAAAAAAUAAUGCAAUUACUUGAAGGGAGUGAUCACAUUUCUAUCUAUGUCGUUUUAUGGUUUAUUCAACCUGAAUUAGGAAUAUGGUUUUGUCAGACCAAGCAGAAAGGCAUAGAAAUCUGAUCUACAUCGGCCAUUUUGAGUAAGCAAUAUUUAAUUAUUUAACCUCUUUCAUGUGUAGAUACACUGCUUAUUCCAGGAUUCCUUCUAUUCUUGAAGUAUUGAUAGCAUAUGGAGAUCCGUGAACAAUGACUUGAGUAGGAUAUCUUUUCAGAAGUCUUUUCAGAAUGUUUGUCUGGGAGCAUGUGGUUCAUUAUGCAUUAAUAGUCCUGUCUUUCUUCUGCGCAUAGAUAGCUACCUUUUUAUCUGUUAUUUAAAUGGAAAUAAAGAGCUCUGUCACAUGUCUUUACAUAUUGUGGAUCCCUAAAGCUAAUGAGUCCUAGGACUACUAAGUGUUAAACUAUAUAGUAUGUAUCAUGCCUCUCCCUUGCGUUCUUAUUUGUCAUUACCUAAAAUUUCUGAAUCAGACAGAAAUUUUGUAUAUAAGGAUGAAGGUUAUAUCUGGAUUGACCAAUCAUUUGGUUUAUGUAAGCAUAGAGUGAAAAGACAAGUAAGCAAAAAAAACAACAACGUGAUAAUCAUAACAUAAUCUGUUUUAUUAGACAUGUUUCUUGACAUGUGAACCAGUUAAACCAUUACCAAUGCAUACUCAGAGGUAGAAAUUAAAUGUAUUUACUAUGUUGCAUUGAUGAGAUGAUGUUGUAUCCAGAGAUUGUACCGUAGUUAUGAAGCUGCAAAAACAAAGUAUCUGAAAACAAGCAAAAACCAAUUGGCUUUUCCUUGGGUGGUCUUUGCACAGAUCACAUACAAGUUUUAGCUCGAUUGUGCCAUUAUAGAAAGAAUCUUAAUCGUUCUUAUAUCAGACUGAUCCCAUCCACAAGAGUAGUCCAGUUUGAAAAUGUUGGCUAGCCCCCCUGCAUUUGACAGAUGAAGUUAGAAACCAAGGAUGGCUGAAUCAGAAGUUUAAUAUGUGUGUGUGUGUGUAUGUAUGUGUGUAUGUAUGUGUGUAUGUAUGUGUGUAUGUAUGUGUGUAUGUAUGUAUGUAUGUAUAUAUGUAUAUAUGUAUGUGUGUGUGUGUGUAUAUAUAUAUAUAUAUAUAUAUAUAUGUAUAUGUGUGUGUGUGUGUAUGUGUAUAUGUGUAUAUAUAUGUAGAUAGAACUAAAUGAUAAACUACUGAAUAUAGGUAAAUAUUAAUUUAGAAAGCUUUUUCGUGAUUACGGUGGAUAUAAAAGCUAUUACAGAAGGUUGGUACUUAAGCACUCUAGGAAUGGUUAUUUCGAUUUAUGUAUCAUGAUAAUACAUCAUUCUUUCAUAACCCGUUCCUAUUUAAUUCAUUUAUUAACAUGAAUGUCCCAAUAUAUUAUUAUAUAAUAUAGUAUCUCAACUAUGAUGAAUCUACUUCAGUUCUUCAGAGUUGGCUGCAUGAACUUCACAUUAUUGAAGGCUAUUAGUAUACUGAAGGCAUAUGGUGUGUCGUUAGAAACUCUUAAGGAAUCUAUAAACACACACAAAAUGUACUGUAAAAUUGUUAGAAUAAGUGUUUUCUGUACAGUCUAUGGAUAUAGUAAUUUUGAUAUUUUUUUUUUUCAUUUUUUUUUUUUAGAAUGAAUCAAAACCUGUACAGAUGAUGUACAAGAAAGCUAAAUAUCAGAUGACUUAUGUUGGUGAUUUGUUGACCAAAAUUAUUGAGAUACCUUAUGUUAAUAAUGAACUCAGUAUGAUUAUACUUCUCCCCGAUGACAUUGAAGAUUCAACAACUGGACUUGAAAAGGUAGGAAAUUUCAAUAUAAAGCGCUUUUCUAAAAUGUUUGUUUUUUAUUAAAAAUUAACUAGAUCUUCUAUAUUGCCAAUAAGUUUUCAUUCAAAACAUUUGUUGACAAAAUGUUUGCUUGAACAUCUCUGUUUAAAACUCAGACUUGUGUAAAGUGUUUGCAUUUUUUGUAUCAUAUACUUGACAAAAUCAUGCAAAAACACAAAUAUCUGGUGUUUCAAUCCUUUAAUGAGACUAAUCUGGUCUGCUUUGAAGAUUAUUUUUGUUCUUGCCUUGUAUAGAGAUUGUUUAUCAAUUUGUAGGCAGCCUUUAACCAUGUUAUCAUGGUUCAGUGUUUUUGUAUAAUUAUUCACCCACAUUUUGUUGUAUUGCAACAUGGAAUUCCAAGGGAGAGAGAGAAUUUGAUUCUAACAAUAUACCUUAGAUUUUGAAAGUACAAAUAUUCUUAUUGUGACAAAUUUAACAGAAAAUAUUUUUUAAUUGUUAAUGUUUGUAUUACUCCUCCGUCGAAGUUUGGUAGAAUGAGCUUCAGUUGUAAUUACAGCUUUAAAGGACCAAUAUAGUGCCUGGAAAACAAACUGAGGGUACCCCCACACUCCCGUGGCGCUGAAGGGGUUAAUCCCUUACCUUUUUUCCAGCGCCGGGCUCUCCUCCCUCUUCUGAUGUCAUCGGCUGAAUGCGCAUGAGCGGCAAGAGCCGCGUGUGCAUUCUGCCAGUCUCAUAGGAAAGCCUUCUCAAGGCUUUCCUAUGGACGCUGGGGGUCUUCUAACUGUGAAAAUCACAGUGAGAAGCGCCUCUAGCCGAUGUCAAUGAGAAAGCCAGUAGAGGCUGGAUUAACCCAUAGGUAAACAUAGCAGUUUCUCUGAAACUGCUAUGGUUACAGCAGAAAGGGUUAAUCCUAGAGGGACCUGGCACCCAGACCACUUCAUUAAGCUAAAGUGGUCUGGGUGCCUAUAGUGGUCCUUUAAGUUUUUGAGGUACAAUUCUGCCAGCUCUGCACAUCUGGAACCAUGCUAUUUUUGACCAUUCAUCAUGGCAAACCUGGUCAAGCUUUGUCAUUUGUGGACUCUUGCUCAACUGCAUUUUCUUUCAAUCUUUUCAAGCUUUCCAGCAUGACUUUGGCUAUGUGUUAAAAUGGUAUUGUACCAAUCUUGGGUGUUUUGAUGUCAUAAACUGUUUUUUUUUUUUUUUUUGUUUUGAUGUCAUAAACUGUUUUUGUUUGUGUUUUUUUUCUGUCUGUUUUGCCCUCUAUCUGAACAGUUUCACAGGUGCUGACAAUCAAAGUUGAUUUAGAAAGUAUUAUCAACAACUACUGAAUCACUUUAACCCCUUUGGCCAGAGACUUUUACAUUACAGGGCCCUAAUCUGGAUCUCCAUUUAUUGCAAAUUCCUGGGUCCCAUCUCUGUCUUCUCAGUUGCUUGGAUGGUUGGGAAGAGACUCACCUGACCUUACCUUGUUUCUUGUGUUUUCCCCUUCAGCAUCUGUAUUCAAUAUCUGUUUUUCUUUGCUUUUAUUUUAUUCUUUACAAAACAUGCACAGUUUGUCUGAUUAUUAUAUUAACUCUCAUUGACAAAAUGUGUGGUGAAAAAAACACUUUCUACAAUGCUUAACCUAAACACCAACACAUAAAUUAAGUGAUAUUUCGGAUCUCCAGUACCUCAUAUUAACAAGGGGGUUGCGGGGGGGGGGGGAUAGGGGGGACACUUCUCAGACAGUGGAGAUUAUCAGUACCUCCUACCAUCAAGAGAAAGUCAUUUAAGCUGCUACCAGUACCCUAAGUACUACUGGUGAGUUUACGUACCAUGUGGAAUGUUGCACAACUUUGUAGUAAUUAAUAAUAAUAACUGGGAGUCAGGUGUCCUCUUAUGUAGUGCUUCUCUUAUAUAAGAAAAAAAAUCUAUAUAAAGCCAAUCAAGAUCAUUUUGCAAGAGGUCUUCUUUCCUGUGAGUGCUCUGUCACAAUAAGCACAGGAAGGAUAGAGACCUUGUCUGGAGUCAGAAGUUUUUGAAAGUUUCCAGAUAUGGGCUGCCGCGUUUCAUGCUUCAUGGUGUAGUAUUGGUUAUUCUCUUUAUGCCUAUGUGUCAGCCUGGUAAUUUCAGGUUUUCAGGAGUUAGACCUCCCCAGCCACCAUUUGCACCUUUCCCUGGGUGCCCCUGGUUUGGCACUUUCCCUUCAUUCAAAUGGAACCGAACACUAGCUCCCUGGCGUCCAUACUUAUGAAGAAAGCACCAAAUUUUCCUCAGCAGUACUUAGCCAUGAUCGUCAUGGAACUGUUUUCGGCAUGAGGUGACUGUUUGGCUCCCAGACAACUUGGUCCGGAGCGCCCUAUAUUUCGGACUCAGUAACUCGCAAAAGUUGACCAGCCAAAGCACCAAACGCCCUGGAACGGUUUUGGGCAUAGGACCACGUGUGCAGCUGGUCAGAACUUUAACACAGUGGCGUUUCCUCUACACUGCAUGGAUCUGAGCGCAAUUUGGAGAACUUGCGCACUCAGAUCAGGGCUAUGGGGGAUGUAUUUGUGGGGUUAUUUUAUGUUUUUAUGAUGUUAUGGGGUACGUUUAUGUUUUUAUAUUUUUAGGUUUGCCUCUCUGGAAGAGAAUUAGCUUACCAGUCUUUAAGGCAAUUAUCUCCCAGGCACUGAGAUUUAUGGGAGGGGCUUGUCUUACAUUGAAGGGCGACCCCAUGCUGGGGACUGUAUAUAAAAGCAGGCAACUUGACCAUAUUAAACCAGUUCCUUUACACCUUCACUGAGUCUCGAAUAGUGUUUGGGUGUACCAGCUAUAUUCUCUGCAGGAGUGCUUUAAUCACUAGAAGCAGGAUCAGCGACCCUGUUCUAGGGUGGCUAGGAGCUGAAGUGCUGAUGGUGUCCCGGCGAUAGCUAGGGAGCGUGCUUGGCGGAGGAAUACCGUUGGGGUACCAGGUGGUCCGCCACAUUCAUUAAGUGGAAUGCACUAUUAAGUAACAUUUGACCAUUACUUUACUGACAUAGCUUCUUUAUUGCAGCACUCUGGGAUGUUCAUGCAGUUUAAUAUUGCAUGGGACAGUGGGUAGAAGUUUGUUGCCACUAAAACUUUUAUGCUUCUAUUUUGCAGUAUAUUCGUGCAAAAUGUUUUUUUUUUUAUUAUUAUUAUUAAUUAAUUUAUUUUUUAAAUUUGUUUGUUGUUCCUUCUUUUUGGCACUACUGUGUGCCUCAUGCAAACCUCCUCUUGAAUUGUGGCAAUUUUACGUAAUCAUUUCACAUGCAUUGCUGUGUUUCCUGCUCUCCUCACAGUGCUGUUAAUCUCUGGACUGCCAAUUUGCUCAUCUGCUUUUGGAUAUAUGAGCCUAUACUCUACCCCUGCAUUCCUGGAGUUUGUGUGUGUGGGGGUUUUUUUUUGCCUCUAUGGGACAUAGUAACUGUGUUACUUUAUGGAAACAACUGGGAAAGUUUUCAUAGAUCUCGUCUGAAGCCAUUGCAAGCCCUCCCUUUCUUCUCCACCUCAAAAUUUCUUUGGCUGUCCCAUCACAGACUUCUCAAGUUCAAUGCGAAGUCUAUGCAAGGCAGGUGCUCUAAGCAAUUGCCUGCCUCUUGAGUUUAGCUCCACUGAGCUAAACAACCAGGAGGAAACCGGACCGGUUGUCUAAGUGGCACCUUGCAGGGGUUUGAAGUGUUCCUUUAAUAGGAGAGUCAAUAUUUGACAAAGAGCUGCGUCCUGUCUGGUUCCCCAGAUUUCUGGGCAAGAAAUCAAAUUUAAACUUUUUUUUUUUCAAUUAUUGCUGACCUUCAAAAACUUGAAAUUUGAGGACCAGUUCUAUGGUUUUUGUACAAAACCAUACAUAUUCUAACACCGUAUUGACAUUGGUUGCCUAACUUGCUACAUCAGUGAUUUGCUGCUAAUAAGGUCCGGAGGCAGAACUUUUGGCAAUCUAACAGCAUCUCAAACCCUUACCUACCACUGUUAAAUUAUUUUUGAAUGAAAUAAGAUGCCAGUUAAAUUGAAUUCCUUGACUUGUUGAUCUCCUGCAAGGGUACUCACCUUGGGUAUUCUCUAUACAAAAAAAUAAAAAAAAUGAACGCUCUGCUUUACAGAUAGCUUUCAUCUUAAAGCUCUUAAAAAUUGCCUCCCGGUGUCACAGUUCCUUUGGUUACCUUACCACUUCACAUGUGAGACUCAGUUACUUGAAAUGCACAGUCGAUUCCUUGAAAGAGUUUACAAACUCCCCAUGUUGGAUGAAGCAUUGGCCAAUAGUGAUGUCGCGAACCGUUCGCAAACUUUUCGCGAACGGUUCGCCAUGAACCGUUCGCCGCGAACUCCGGUCAGCUGACACAUCCCGGCCAAUCUCCAGCAGAUCCUCCCUCCCAGACCCUCCCACCUCCUGGACAGCAUCCAUGUUGAAGCUGCCUUCAACAUGGAUGCUGUCCAGGAGGUGGGAGGGUCUGCUGGAGAUUGGCCGGGAUGUGUCAGCUGACCGGAGUUCGCCACGAACUGUUCGUGGCGAACCGUUCGCGAAAAGUUCGCGAACGGUUCGCGACAUCACUAUUGGCCAACAAUAGUUAUCACUUUUUGGAGAACUCCCGUUCCAAGCAUACACGCGUACAGACUUGCAACACUUAGUCUCCUGCCUUGAAACACAUUGUUUAGAAACCACAUAUGUUCUCUUAAGAACAAGAGCCUUCCAACUUGGUUUCAAGAUUAACCUGUUACAAGCUAUAAAAGAAGUGAAGUGCUUCAAAUACAUUUUAAUAUGCAAAAGAAUACUCACCAGCACCAGUUGCUUUACAUGCCUGGGAUGUGUCAUUUAUGACCCCAGACAAAAUCUUUAAUCAUCCAUACUAUCCAUAUUGCCCUGCAAGAUGAGACAGUCUGAUAAAUGGAUAGCUUGACUUUUUUUUUCUUUUUUCUACUUGCUGGUCAUUCGCCUGAUACUGAUAUAUUUGUAUACAAUUACAUUGUUUGACUUUACACAGUGAUGAAAGAAAAUAGUUUCAUACUUUUCUUUUCCUGAUCAUUAUACAUGGCCGCAUUUACUUAUGGGUUAGGUCCUCCCCUUUACAGGAGAAAGGACAAGAAAUACAUUUCUGAAAUUGGUAUCAACAGAUUCACACCUUCUUCAUCUUUUUGUAACUAGUUAGUUUUAUAUCUAACAUAGUAGAUGGGUGGGAACGUAAUGAUUCCAUAUAUAAUGAUCUGGAAAAGAUAAUGACGGUGCUUAAGUUUCCAAAGCCCAUUUACUAGUUACAUUCCUUAUCGACUGGUAAAUAAUUAUUUUUCUAGGUUGAAGUUUCCUGCUCAGGUAGAGUUGAAUGCUCUUCAUCUUGACUUUCCUGUAAAAACACUGCUCCAAGUCCUACAACAGGUUCAUCUGUUUGUCGGAUGAAUUCCUUAGAAAAUUGUGUGUAACCAAUACAGGUUGAAUGCAUGUGGCUUCCUUGAGAUAUUGAAAUGCUUGCUCAGCUUCUUAUGACCAUUUCACCAUGUCGCAGGCUUUUUUUGAAGGGUGAGUUAAGGGGCCUGCUAUAGUAGCAGAAACUUGACCCUCUCCAAUGGAAUAAUGUAGAUACUUGGCUUCCUAUAGGCCAAUGGUACACUUACUAGGGUUUGCUGUCAGGCCAGCAUUGCAUAUGGAUUUAAUGACCGCUUGCAGUUUUUGUAAGAAAGACUCCCAAUCUUCACUGUGUAUAACCACAUCAUCCAAGUAAGCCGUUCAUAAGGGGUAUGUGGCUUUAGUUUUCGGUCCAUCAUUCUUUGACAUGUUGUUGUAUUGGAGUCUGGAGUCUACUGCAGAUAGACUUAUUCAAUGCAAAAGGCAGUUAUUUUCUUUGCCUGGGCUGUGAGUGGCACUUGCCAAUAUCUUGGUUGCAUCUAGUGUGGUGAGGUAUCGGACUUUCCUAAGUCUUUCCACAGGUUCAUCAACUCUUGGCAUAUGUAUAAAACCUUUGGCAGUACUUAGCUUAUCUAGGGGCCGUCCGGGGGCCAAGUGGCACGAGCAUUCCUCCCUCCACAUGAGCCGUGAGUGUCUUGGUCUCUUCUGAGCGGCCAGCAUGCACUGACUGCAGUCAAUGGUAAUGCGGUUUCGCCUCGCACUGGGAGCGCGGCUCGCGUCAUGAGCGCACUCUUAAAGAGGUCGUGGGAGCCACAAGUUAGUUCAGGCUCUUAUUAAGCAUAAAAAAAAUUCAAUUGUGAAGAAGCCUUGUAAGGUGAAACACGUUGUGGAUAUUUUAUAUUGUGUAUUUUAAUCCAUUUUAUUUGUUCUAAUCCUCUUUUUAUACACUUUAUACUGUUCUUAUUUUUUUACCUGGCAUUUUAUCAUCCUGGACUCCAAGUAAUCCUAGGUGGGGGUCAUAACACUAACGCUAUCAUCAAGGAGCAGUUUGUCUGCUCCUCUCUUGUGAGUACCAUUUUAUAUAUAUAUUUUAUAUACCAUUGUUUUAUCCAGAGAGCACUAUUGGUAGUCUCCUUUUUCCCUUCUUUUUGACGGAGGAAGUCUACCCUAUAUCCCAUAAGCGGGGAAGGACAGUAAGAUCAUUCCAGUUAAGACUCUUUUAUUCUGAUUACCCUCAUAUCUUGAUUAUUGAAUGUUAUAAGGUUUUUAUGGUCUUUUUUUUAUUAUUCUUGUUGUACUCUAAGGGUGUCCCUUAUAUGGUUGCUGCCCCAAUUGUUGUUGAGUGCUUACUCUUUUCUCUCGUUUUACUCUUAUUGAAACAUAUAAACAUAGAAUGUGUCCUCUUGUUGUGGUAGUUUUUCUUCUUUUAAAAAUAGUCUCCUCCUCCUUUACUGUGUUGAUUCCCUUUAUGUAUUUAAAUGUUUCUAUCAUAUCCACCCAGUCUCGUCUUUCCUCCAAGCUAUACAUGUUAAGAUCCUUUAACCUUUCCUUGUAAGUUUUAUCCUUCAAUCCAUGAACCAGUUUAGUAGCCCUUCUCUGAACUCUCUCUAAAGUAUCAAUAUCCAUCUGGAGAUGUGAUAUCCAGUACUGUGUACAAUACUCCAAGUGAGGUCUCACCAGUGUUCUGUACAAUGGCAUAAGCACUUUUCUUUCUACUGCUAAUACCUCUUCCUAAACAACCAAGCAUUCUGCUAGCAUUUCCUGCUGCUCUAUUAAAAUUGCUGCCUGGCCUGCCUAGGUCAUCUGAAAUAAUUAUCCCUAAAUCCCUUUCCUCGGAUGUUGAGGUUAGGACUAUCAAAUAUUCUAUACUCUGCCCUUGGUUUUUUACAUCCAAGAAGCAUUAUCUUGCACUUAUCCACAUUAAAUGUCAGUUGCCUCAACUCUGACCGUUUUUCUAGUUUACCUAAAUCAUUUGCCAUUUGGCAUAUCCCUCCUAGAACAUCAACCCUGUUACAUAUCUUAAUAUCAUAAUAUUUAUUGAGGCAGUGAGCUAGACCUUUAUCCUCUUCUACAUACCUUGCUUCUUUUGUUUUUAAUCUAACUAAUCCUUGUUUUACUUUCCUUUUCUCAUAUAUGUAUCUAAAAAAUGUUUUGGCCCCUUUUUUAACUAAUUGUAUUAUUUUAUUUUCUUCUGUGUGUGAUUUGGAAGCUCUUAUAACUUGCUUAGCCUCUUUCUGCCUAAUCUCAUAGAUCUGUCUAUAUUACUCAUUCUGGGUUUUUAAAAGUUACUAAAUGUAAACUUUUUGCUUUUUACUAUUUUGGCCACAUCUGCGGAGUACCACAGUGGUUUCUUGAAUUCUUUGCUUUUACGGACAAACCUAAUGCAAUUUUAUGUUGCCUUCAGGAGUUCAACUUUUAAAUCAUCCAAUUUCUCUUGGGCUCCUUUUAAACUGUUCAAGUCUGAUAAUGAUUCCUUUACACAUAUUCUAAUUUUAGAUAAGUCUGCUUUUUUAAAGUCCAAAACUUUUGUUUUUGUGUGGUGUGACUCAGUCACAGUUCUUAUAUUAAACCACACUGACUGAUGAUCACUGUAUCCUAAACUUUCACCUACAGUAAUAUCUGAUACCAAAUCUCCAUUUGUUAACACUAAAUCUUGUAUGGCCUCUUUACGAGUUGGCUCCUCAACAACUGUCUUAGAGACAAUCCCAGUAGGGAGUUUAGAAUAUGUGUGCUCCUGGCACAAGCAGCUAUUUUGGUUUUCCCCAUCUUUUGCAUUUUAGCUAUUUCCUCAACUAGUAGAUUAUCUAACUCCUCUAUUUGUCAUGGGGGCCUAUAAAUCACACCUACACAAGUUACUGUGUGAUUACCAAAUUCUAACAUAACCCAAACAGACUCUGUUCGCCUCACUAACUUUUAUUAGGCUAGAUUUUAUGCUAUCCUUCACAUACAGGGCCACCCCUCCCCCUUUCUUGCCUUCCCUGCCUUUUCUAUAUAAAGAGUACCCUGGUAUUGCUAUGUCCCAGUCAUUUUUCUCAUUAUACCAUGUCUCAGUAACAGCGACUUAAUCUACUAUCAGUUGCCAUUAUUGCCACAAGUUCAUGGCUCUUUUCACUAAACUGCGAGCAUUUGUAGAUAUGACUCUAAGCUUAUUAUUUUUUAACACACUUGCUACAGGCACUUUCUGUCCUUGUUUUGGGGGCAAUUGGAUUGAUGUUUUAUCACCCUUUGCCCCCCACACCCCCCAAACUCCAAGUUUACAUACAUCCUAGCAAAAUCUCUGAACUGCUCACUGAGAACAUGUGUUCCCUUUUGAGAAAGAUGUAAACCAUCUUUUUUUGUACAGUUUAUUUCCAUUCCAAACAGAGCUACCAUGAGAAAUGAAGCAAAAUCCUUGCACCAUUCACCAAGCCACAAGUUAAAGUCCCUAAUACGCAUCCGCUUGUCAUUCUGAGUGUUAUGCACAGGCAAAACUUCAGAGAAUGACCGUGUUGAAGCAACCUCAUUGGCAAAAACCUAUCAUUGGCAAAAACACAAACUUCCUUUACCUCUGAAACUUAAUUGCAAGCCAAGUCAUUUGUCCCUAGAUGGACAAGUACAUCCAAUUCCCCUUCCUGCUUUGCUCUCUUAACAAUAUUAAAAAAUGCGUCUCCUGUCUCUGUGAGCAGUAGCUCUGGGAAGAAAUCUCACAGGACCACUACUGUCCAGUUCCACACCUCUUAUGAUAGAAAGCCGUUGUUGUUGGGGGAUUCUAUCAGGCCUCACCAUAGUCUCCAAGCCUGUCUCCACAACACCACUACACUGUGCCUGAGCCUGUCUCCACAGCACCACUACACCCCUCCGGUGUAGUAUACCAGCGAAACAUGGUCUUAAAACUUUGUUCCUGUAGGGUGAAAUAAGUAGAGGAAGAAGCAGCUGCUUCCCAAAUAUCUUGCUAUUCAAUGCCUUCCAGUUCCUCCCCUAAAUCAGUUUCCCAUUGUGUGAUAUAGGACAUUUGCCCCCAAUCUGGUGAUUCCAUGCAUAAAUAUGCAUAUAAGAGAGUGAUAAGCCCCUUUUGAGGCAUUUCAUUAUGACACAGCCUUUUGGAAAAGGUAAUUUGUUUGAGGGCUGCUUCCCUGACCUUUUAUCUGUUUUGCAAAGUCCCUGACCUAUAAUUAUCGAAAGAAAUCAAACGGUGUAAGAGGUGUUCAAUUCUUCAGCGCAUCAAAGGUUAUCACCCACCCUCUUACAAGUGGCACACUCUCAAUAUUUCUAAAGUCACGGGCUGACAUUCCUGGUGGAAAAGCCCCGUUCCUUAAUGGAGUGAGAAUGAAGAGGACAAUCCAUAUCUGUGAGCCAACCCCAACGGUUUUCUGCAUACCGGAGCAGGUUCAUGGUCCCUCUGCUUGGAUUGGGGGGGACCUGUGGACAUAGGGCAAUGGCCCCCUUUAAGGCCUGGGCUCUGCGGGGUGUUGAGACGUGGCGCUGUGGACCGGAGUCCAAAUGACCACACAGAUUUCAUUCACGUCUACAGCAUGGUGGAGGAGUGAGAGAUGGCACAGAGACACCUUACCUGUUAUGGCUUAUCUGCGGUGUAGGAUGACACCUGGAAGCUGACAAUUCAUGACCCUAAUAUCAGCCUUUUGGGUACUACAGAGAAAUAGUGAAAUCUGAUUUUAUUUUUUAUUUAUUUAUUUUUCAGGUUACAGAAGUGUUUUGUUUAUGUCCCAACCAACAACCAUGCAUUUGGACAUCUGAUUAAAACAAGGAACUAUCAAGAGAAAAUGUAUCACUACUUCUAACGGUUUGAAGACACUGAGAGAAGAUACAACAAGUAAUCAAGACAACAGGUCCGAAAUAGUUAAAUCUACUGUUCCUCAAAUAGCAGAGACAAGUGACAAGUCAAAGUUAAAAAGAAAAGCGCACAAUGCUACCCAUUCUUCUCAAACUAAGAAAAGAAAAUAUGAACGCUACUUAUCAUUUGGAUUAACAAGUGCCAGAAAUUAAAAAAUUUCUCAAGCACAAUGCUUACUUUGCAAAAAAAAGUUUGUCAAACAGUUAACACCUGCUAAAUUACGUCGUCAUUUUGAGCAAAACCACUCAUAGUACAAAUAUAAAGACAUUGCCUUCUUUAGGAGAAAGCUUUAGGAGCAUCAUAAGACUAAACCGUUUAUGAGCAAAAUAUUUAAAAAAAAAUAAAAAAUUUCAGGGGUCUCACAAUGUUGGGAUACUAUGUCAAAGGGUUCCAUGGGAAAAAUGAAUUGGGAGCCCUGGACUAUGGCCUUUCUCACACCCCUCCAUUAAUCCUGACUAAUUUGUGAACUACUGGUCUAGAUCUAGACCUUGCAAGCUCAGUUUAUAUAUUAUUUUUGUAUUGAAGCUGUCUGUCUUCACUGCUUAUUGCUACCAACCGCUGGACCAUUCUGCACCAAAGAAAGCAGAAGCCAUAGCUGGUCACUCAUGUCUGACCUAACGAUCCUGCACAAUCAUCAAACUAGAGGCCCGCCUCUUGAUCAUGUGGAUUCUGAGAGGGAAGUACCCAGGAAGCAGGUGGGACACAUAAGGAGGUGUGUCAAUUUUUCUCCUAUUUAAACUUGCUCAUAACUUAUACCUGUGCUCAGUAUUCUGUGCUCCCUGAUAUGCUUCGUCACUGCAUUGUACCUGUCCUGAUUAUCUGGUAUCUGUCCUUUGCCUUGUCUUCCAUUUAUGAUCCUGUACUGCCUACCCCGACCCACUGUCUGCCUGACCAUACGUCUGCCGUACAUUUAUCUGUACCUUGCUGUGGACACUCUCAGCCAUUUACUGCAUUUAGAGCUCUAUCUUGAAAACUGUGACACUAACAACCCAUGCACGGAGUUUGUAUUAGAUAUAUAUAUAUAUAUAUGUGUCUACUAUAUGCUCUGUGUCCUCACAUCAACUUAUACAUAGAGCAUAUACGGAUGCUGUGUCUUUAUAGUAACUGAUGCAUGGAGCAUAUAGUGGACACGUAAACUGAGGCUGUGCAGUCACACCGGCUCAUACAUAUAGUGGACACUUAUACUGAUACUGUGUUUUCACACCAAUUCAUACAGAGAGGCUAUUUUAGUCUUAUGCUGAUUUUAGAUAAGAUCCAAACAAUAUAUUGGCUUCCACUCUCUGAAAAAAAAAAUGCUUAAGUGCAACAAAGCACAGAUUAGAGCAAUCAUUGCUACAUGCCUUGAUAGUCACGUCAUUAAACCCAUGUCAUAUACAAGUGUGUACUUAAGUCACCCAGGCAGACUGUAUACAGCCAGAACAUCAUUUAUAAGCACUCUCUUUUGUAAAAUUCAUAAUUGGACGAAUAAACUUACUGAAAUGGUCACCACCAACCUGCUAAAUGUGAUCUAUUUGUUAGAAGGAAAUCCAAAUGUAAAGAACUGAAUGAACAGAAACCCAAGUACUUAUACUAGUCUUUUAAUCUAAUAUACCAAUAUACUUACCUGAGGUGGGAUAAUAAGCUAAACAGCCAUAGAGACAGAUGGAAUUUUCACGCCUGUAUUUCAGAGGCAAAUGGGGAUUUGAACAACUGACCGUCUAAACUGUUUAAACUAGGCUUCAAUCUGCACCCCAUAUGCAAUUCAUCAUCACCAGUGGAUGAAGACGUAAAACAGACCCUGGACAUGAUGGAAUAUGCAAAACUGGUUUUGGGAGCUACAGUUCCCUUGAUGCUCAGGGGAAUGUCUAGAGCAGAGGUAGGCAACCUAUGGCACAUGUGCCAUGCAUGGCACCUGAGGUGCCUUCGCACGGCACUUAAUGCUUUUUUUAGACCUCAGAAAUCCCAGUGUGGCUUUAGAUAUCUGCUAGUACAAAAACGUGGUGAGGGACAAUCCUCAAUUUAUGCAUUACAGCACUUAGAGAAAAUAAUCUCAGAAAACUUAAGAAUGGGCAAUCCACACUGGAGUAGAGCAGCCCAAAGCAGCUAUUGUACCUCCUGCCCUUUCACUGUACCUGGCCUGCACGGUCCCCACUGGACCCCAAGAAAGCCACCCACACUUCUAGACAUAUGCAGAGCUGAAGAAUCCGCCUUUACCUUACACAAAAAAACACAAACAACCUACAAACAAACAGUCCCCACAAACACAACACUACUGACAAACCACAUACACAACUCCACAAACAGUCCAUCACAUGCAUACACCAAACACUCUGUGACAUAUCAUCCACACACACACACCCACACAAUUCCACAAAAAGUCACCAUACACAGCCCACAUUCACAGGUACAAUAUACAAUACUACAAACUACUCAUGGAUAUAUGCAAUAUAACAGCCCACAUACGUAACAUUAGAAAGUAACUACAGCGCUCAUAAAUAAAACAAGCAGAAUAUUUCAACAUACACACCUCAGUUUAAAAAAAAUAAGAUAUAUAGGAUCGGCACACAAAGGGACUUCAAGAUCUUAUUUUGGAACAGUACUACUAAAAGGUUGCCUACCCCUGGUCUAGAGCAUCACAAAACUCACUGCCCUUAAGUGAUCUCCUUCAAUCAACUGUAUAUACGUUUGUAUGUGUAUAAUUACUCAUAGUGGUGUAGAGCGCUUCAGAAUUAAAAUGUAAUUUGAUGAGAAUGUAUCUAAUAGAAUAAAAAUAGUGCCUAUUUUCAUAUCUGUAUUGGACACAGGGAAGUAAAGAUAUAUAUAUAUAUAUAAUUUGCCUAUAGAUUAACCGGGUGCAUCAUCUUGUUAUUUCCACAUGUUUCUUUUUAUAAAGCUACUGCAUGACACUAUUUCUAGGCUGUCUUGCUUUUACUCUUUUUUAUUUUUUUUUUAUUUUAAUUUUUUUAUUUUUUUUCGGGUUGUACCAAAACAUUUCCAUCCCCAUCCUUUCAAACCUUAUACUGUCUUUUUGCACUCCUUCAAAUUCUUGAUAUCUUCCCAAUUUCCUUCAGUUUGUUUAUUACUGCAAAGCUAGACUAAUCUACAUGACCUUAUCCAAUCUGAUUUUUAUUCCUUUUUUGUAAUCAUUUACAUUCUCCUUAAGUCUUGGGUCACUACUUGGUAUGAACUCUUCUUGCCCUUUCUGCUGCAAUUGUGAACCACUUGCAUCUAUGUAUUAUACUUUUUAAGCUUGCGCUCUGUGCUCUGGUCUUUCCUCUUCUUAGGUCCCUUUCAACAUUAUCUUUUCUGAAGCCUUGUCGCUACUUCAUUCCGUGGGCAUAUUCCUAGGCUAUGUCUCUAGCCCCAUUUUAGUUUUUACUUUGCAAAACCUCUCUUGUGAUCCAGUAGCUCCUUUGCUUACAGUUUUACCCAUAUGCGAAUAUAUCACUACUUUAUACCUUAAUUUAUCUCCUUAUUUUUUUGGAUUGCCAGCCACGUCUUUCUGUCUAACUGGAUGUCUCCAUGCUUCUUGACACAUAAUCUCUACAGGAUUUGGUUUCUUACCUUUCCUCCAUCAGCUGCUGUCCUCUGGCUUUCUACCUUCUGGUCAAUAGUUCUACUCCCAGCGCUACGGUCUUGGCAUCAUUUUUUUUCUGGUGUUUACUUCAUCGUUUGCAUCCAAUCAAACAACAAAUCCCAAAAUUUCCACUUUAAAAGCAUCGCUCUGACUUAUUUGUCUGUAACAAGGCUACUAAAACUUUAAUUCCACCCAUCUAUUUCCACCUUGAUUACAACAACCUAUUUAUUAUCAAGCUUGCACAAGUGUUGGAUAACCUUUUUGCCAACUACUGUGAAAGCUGUUGCCUGGCUUACAUUUUUUACAUGCCACUGAUCUCACUUUUCCCAAACUUGUACCAUUUUAAAUCACAUUAAUAAAAUAACUCUUCUCGAGAGCGCUCCACAACCGGCACUUUGUUGGUUAAUCCUAACUAAACAAGAGAAACUUGAUUAAUUAUUUUGAAAUGCACCAUCCACACUCCCUUUGACCUCUGCUCUAAUUUAAGAAUUUUGCCACUUUAGAGAAGCAUUUAUGCUGGUCAUUUUCCUCUUUCAGUCCAAGUUUACCCAAGUCCAAGUUUAUUCAACAGUAUACAAUAUUUCUAUUUUUAUUAUAGACGCUCACAAGAUGAGACCUAUAGCUUUUGCCGUUAUGCUCUGCUAUAGUUAGACUGUCAGCUCAUUUGAACUCAUGUUCAUCUUUGCUUUAAUCAGUCACACUUGCUUUUAUGCAUUAUGUACCUGCAAUGAUGAUUACCUUGGCAUUCUAUUUGUAAAAAUAAUUACAAUUAAGACUUUGACGCUGCUAUUACUUUUGAUUUGCUAUAAUGGCCAACAUUCUGUUUAGCUUCAACUGAUGGAUGAACACCCUAAUAUUAUUCUGCAAAAUUUGCUGGCACUAUCUAGAAUAUACGGUUCCCUCUGUGAUUGCAAGCUGUCGGCCCUUGCAAAUUUAUCACAUAUUAGUUUGUGAGAUAUUCCAUCAAAUAUGAUAACACAUGUAAUAUUUUUGUUUUGUUUUUCAGCUAGAAAAAGAAUUAACCCAUGAAAAUUUUUUGCAAUGGACAAAUCCUGAAAUGAUGGACUUAACAGAAAUGGAGUUGUAUUUACCCAAAUUUAAACUUGAAGACAACUAUGACCUUAAAUCUGCUCUUAUAAGCAUGGGUAUAUGCGAUGCUUUUGAUCAUGGAAAAGCAGACUUUUCUGCCAUGUCUGCAAAUAAUGAACUGUUACUGUCUAAGGUGAUCCACAAGUCUUUUGUGGAAGUGAACGAAGAGGGUACAGAGGCUGCCGCUGCCACAGCUGGGAUCAUGAUGAUGCGUUGUAUGCUUAGAGUGCCCACAAUUAUUUGUGACCAUCCUUUCCUUUUCUUCAUUAUGCACAAGCAAAGCCGCCACAUUUUAUUUUGUGGUAGAUUUGCUUCCCCCUGA